AUGAAUAAUGGAAUAGGUGUUGCUACAACGACGAGGGAGACUGGAAGGACUGUUUCAGGUAAUCAGAAAUGGCCAUGUCAUUCUCCUUUGUCAGUAGUCCAUCUGCAUACUAAUUUGCCAUAAUUCAGAUACUUGCGAGGGCGUUUGAGUGAGCACUAAAAGGCAAAAGGAGAAAAUUGCUGCCAACUGUGAUAGGCAUGUAGCGGACUAUCAACUACAUCCUAUGAAUAUUGCAACGCCUGGGCAAUCCACUGGCCUUAUCUGACUCUGUCUCUGAUGAUGGAUUUGAGUGAGAAUCCGAACGUCAGGGUUAUAAGGCGCUUGUUAUAACGAUCGUGUCUCCUUCUACGCGACUACUUCCAGUAACUCGCCUCUUCGCUUCAAUUAGCAAAAUGAAGAAUAAAAUUGGACUUCCGAUGACGAGUACUGUCUCGGUUACUUAUGAUAUACUUUGCAUGCGUGAAAAGAGAGAGUGAGUUUGGAUAAAAAAUUCCCCGAAGACGCUCUUAAUGUUUUUGGGACAUAAGAAUAGCAGACUCGCAAAUAGUAGUUAGUAAAUGGGAAAAAGCUAGCAUUCCUACAAAAAUCCUGCUCAUUUGCAUGUUGUUAAACCUAACUUUACGCAAAAUGGAAAAACAAGUUUCGAAAUCGUAAGCGUUUUUCGCAUAGCCAUCAGCUUGGAUUAAUGUCCUCUGUUAGACAUUCACACAAUAUUGUGCUUAUAUAGGCUUAGAGCAUUUUGUAAAAAACGUUUCCCGAAUAAAAGGUAACUUGAGUUUCUGUCAAAAUCAUACAUCGUCCUAUGUGAAAUGCUUUAAAAGCAUAUUCUGCACGAGGAAAGCAUUUUCUCCCGGCAGUUUCAGAUAGUAAGCAAUGCCCUUUAAUCCCGGAGUCACUCCGGAUUGACCGUGUUGAUUUCGGCAGAAUGACACUGCCGACAGAGACAAGGGAGACUAGGAUGGCCAUUUGUGACAACAAGCUAGUCACAUCCAACCGCAAGGUGUGCACCUCCCGAGGCUCGAACUCGCGACCUGUUGGCUAGAAGUCCAGCGUCCCAACCACCUAACAACGGGCUCGCUGUCCUGUCGGGUAUAUUAAUAAUGCCAGAGGGCCGCGCACCGAUCGUCUUAAGAGCGUCACUCGUCCCGUUGUGCUCAGAGGCUCUCUCUCUGUCGCGAGUCCUGCCAUCAGCCCUGCCUUUGUCGGUAUGUAGCUGCUGGCGGAGUCGGCGAAAGAGAAAGCCCAACUGGUACAACAGGGUGAGUAAGUUCCGUAACGCGGUUGGUGAGCGCCCUGCGGCCAGGUUGAUUUUUGUUCAUCAUAUUGACCUUCACGCGUAUCGGCCACUUGGGUGAUCCCUGGCACCAGUUGUCAGAGAGGUUCGGCCAUUUGACUGUCGCAUGGGAGAGGGAGAAGAGGAUGAGGUCGACAGGGCAGAACUAAUCAGCAUAGUACCUAAACGCACUCUAUAACAUAAGCGAUCCAAUGCGCUUGAAUCCAUCAUGACGCGUUAGGAUUAGUGGCUUGGAAAGGCACAAACGGAUGGGAUGACUCCGCAAUUCACUGGAUCGAAAGUCUGGCGGCAACGAUCCCAUUUGAAGAUCGCCCUACGGGCACUCUCAUGGGUGUGCAAUUCAAAACGACCUUAUCGAAAUCGGGACGUGUGUGGCACGUGUAGACGUGUUUUUCCGGCCACUGCGCCCGUGCCCUCUUUGAUAAUCAAAAGAUUCUGCGAACAUCGCCCUUAUUAAAAACCACACUUGCCACCUGUGCCGCGGCCGCUACGAGGAAGGCAAACUGGCCGUCGUAAAUCGCUUUGGUCGGACCAACGUUAGCUGUCUACGGCACAGCUCUAAAAUUGUCAAAGUAAACUUCCAUGACCCACGCAAAACCAAGAACGACGUCUUGAGGUCACUGUUGAACCACGUGAGCGUUUGUGUUCUGUCAGCUAUUUUAUGGUAGAGAGGGCGCUCGCCGAUCGUUUUUACGGAACUCACUCGUCUCGUUGUGCUUUACGGGCAGUCUCUCUCCCUUGAGCUCAACCAGUAGCCGCACAGCGGCGCAUAAUACAGCCAGAGUUGUAUUACGGAUAAAGCCAAGGAAGACUAGAAUGGCCAUUUUUGGCUUAGUAGCCGUCGUCAACCAUUCAUACCCAACCCCGAAGAGUGGAACACCUGGGGCUUGAUCCCUUUACCCGUAAUUCGGAAGUCCAAUCCUCCUACCUACUGAGCCGCGGACUCCUUGUCCUGCCGGCUGCGGUCGGUGAUGUGCAAUGGUAGAGGGGGUGCUCACCGAUCGUUUUUACGGAACUCGACUAAUUCUAUUCAGCUCCACUUACUUAGCUCACUUUUAUGAAGUAUAGGGUCCGAUAAUGUAGGCAAAAGAGUGACGAAAGAGAAAUUAGUACUCCCCUGUAUCUGCGGCGGCUGUUGUGUCGUUAGACAGACUUCGCAGGAGCCGUGUGCGUAACCUGUUCGUCCCACUUGAGGUAGACGGAUCAUGCCCGAACUGGAUGGCUUUUAGUGCCAAAGCUUCGCCUCGUCUGACUUCUUGGCGGAAUUAACUGUCGCUCUGGGAAGAUCUGGGUAGCUGCCUCCCACAUCUAACUCAAGGCCGACGUCAGCAAACCGAAUGGGCUGGCAAAACGAACGGUAAUUGACUCGGGGCGUGCACGUAAUGCAACCAUCUCCGGCGGCAUGUUUGAUGUCGCCUUCCCAAGAAGUCUACUUCUUCUGAGACGGCAAAAUCCCCCAGUGCUGCAACAAAACUUGAUUAUUAUUAUCCCCAUGGCAGGCUAGGACUGUACUUUCACCUUCGGAUGUGUGGAGAAGGCAGGGAACAUGUAGAGCGACUGAUUACGGAUAUUAUUUGAGUAAACUUUGACGUUUUAUAAGUCUUCGGCGUCACUGAAAAAAAUAAAAGACGGUGAGACGGACAGACGCAUAAGUUCUGCUGUUUCUAAUCAGCUAGUAUUUCACGCACAGAAGAAUUUGGUGUAGGACUCGCAUUUGCCAUGGCCGGGACUCAAUUACCUGCGAACUACGUGCAAUUUUCGACUUCUUUCUUUCCUCUCCUUGACACUAUUCUUCCCAACCUUCUCUUUGUCCCCCUCCCCUCCUAUGCACCAUCGUUGACUGUUAUAGGAUGUAUUGGCUGCGUCUAAUUGUCCUCACAUAGCCCCCCACCUCAUUUUUGGGAGACACUGAAUUUCAAUCGAAUGAUUUUAUUGCUUACAUCUUAAUUUAGUAUCGAUGGCUUAUCAAUGUGCUGCCCUCAUGCGAAUUUAUUGAAAAAAAAUUUCUGUCCACCAGAUGUUAUACUGUAUCCUGCAAUGGAGAUUUCUGCAUGGCUUAAACUAAUUCACAUUGCUGACGAUAUUCAAAUGGCGAAAUAACGAGCUCCAAUACCGACGGUCGAUUUGCGGAGACGACGAAACACAAAUUUGAUCGGAGUUUUGAUGGGAAACUUGGAAUGUGUGCUGCCUUAUCCCGUAAUCCCAUGAUCCCGAGUUUCUUAUUUAUUCCAGGGUUAGACUAAAAACGCACCUUUACUCUUUAAGAUGACCAGUGGAGUCACCGAACUUCCUGCGAGUGCCCGUGAUUAUAAUGUUAAAGUUUCCCUGAGCGAAAAGGUGAAGGAAAUCAACAUCGGUAGCCGGGCACUUCUGACGGAAAUUUCGAUCAAAAUGUGAAUCUAUCACAUCAUAGACAAUUUUCUCUUCCACACGCUCCUUCUGUAUAUGUGUCCGCGCACUUGCUUUUCAACAUCUCAGGAAAAUCCACCCUCCGCAGCCAACACUAACUAGCAUUGCAACUUCGUCGGCUGAGUGAUUGCGAGGCAGACAUCUGCUGCUAGCUGAAUAUGCGCAAACCCAGUACUUCCAUGCCUGCCUUAUACGCCGUUAGGCCUCACCGACAGGGAAGCAAUCAGCGUCUGACGGUGAAUGUCUCUGUGUCUGUGCAACUCCCGAUUUAAACCUGCGCACAGCGGACUUAGUCUACUGCUGAUUGCUGAGGGCUCCAGUACGUGUGCGCAUUCUCAACUACCUUGUUCGUGCAUCUAUCGGUUUGUGUGUGGCCCCCAAAUGGGCCACGUGGUAAACGCCCUGGACCAACGGAACGGUCGAACAGUCCUGUAGUGUAAAGAAGAUGAAGACGCGAUCUCUGUGACAGUGGUUUUAUUAGUCUGAGCUUUCGGUCUCGUACAGGAGGCCAUCGUCAGAGACUGUGGGAAGUCCUGUAGUGUGUGUAUAUAUAUAUAAUGAUAGAGGACGCUCACCGAUCGUUCUUACGGACAUCACUCGAGCCGUUGUGCCUUACGUUCUCUUCCUCUCGAGCCCAACCAGCAGCGUACAGCGGCGAAUAAUAGGGGCAGUAUGUUAUUUCCGACAAAGACAGGGGAGAGUGGAAUGGCCAUUUCUGGAUUAUUAGCCGUCGUCAGCCAGAGAUACCCAACCCCGAAGUGUGGGACACCCGAGGCUCAAACUCGCGAUCUGUUAGUUAGAAGUCCACGCCUCUAACCACUGGGCCACGAACCCGUUGCCCUGUCGGUUUCGAUCGAAACCCCUCCGGUCUUUUUGACUCUGUCUUGACACUGGGUUCAAAAUGGGGAGGAGAGAGUGCGGUACAUGCUGUGCAAUUCUACUAUCGUCGUAAACUAAUUCACUCACAAUUCACCGUCCCUACUCUCACCUUGCUGUAGUGAACACUGUGGACAUCGCUGGCAAUGACGGAACGGUCGACGGUGUGUGCGUGUGUGUGUACCGUUGUUAGGAAUAGAGCUGCCUAGUCAUCGAGACCAUUAUACCAGUAUCAAAUUGCUUUAUUUGUGGCACUGUCCCGGUAGAAUAAUUUCAACCGGCCUUUUAUUUCUUUACAGUCUUUUUCGCCAAUUAAGUUUCCUUAUACACACAUAGAAAAGGCUUGUAUCACGUGCACUCAUUUUAUUUUCCUUUUUGGUCUAAAUGUGCGUCGUAAAUGUAUCGACGCCGGAAGAUUUUAUCGUAAACGUAAAGGUCUCCAGUAGUCUACAUCCACUUCUGGAGGAGUUCAAAAGGGACAAAUACCUUUCCGGUUUAUCAGUGUAUUUUUCAAGACUUCAGAAGACCACCUUGGGACAUUCAGACUGAUAUGUAGGUUAGUGAUAAAGGUUCCAUUUUAGCACGGAACAGCUGUUUCGAAAGUCUGUAUCAUUAUGAAAAACCUUUUGCACAAAUGACUCCCGAUGCAAUGGUUAGCCCGUCGCCAGCGAUGGCAAACGCUUACAUCUGAUCGGCUCUCUACACCGCUCAGUAACAGGGGUCAAUAAAGCGGCAGAUUUAAGUGAAAACAGAGGUUGUCUACAGUAUUCCGUCGACAUGCCGGCGUUUAUAGACAGGUAUGGAGAUUUUGAACGCAUCACUAUCACUGUCCUUGAGCAGACUCAGAGGUACAUACAAACACCUUUCGCAUCAAUUGGUCUAACACGAUCGAUACCAUUUGCACGGACUAGUCUCGCAAAAGUGUGCGGCAUGUCAAUGUUUUCCAUAGGCCUUUCUUAAGCGCCCACACCAGACUAGGCGUGUUUAAGUACACAAAUUGACAAAACGACAUUUCCAAACUCACAAGGACCGAGGAGAUGGAGUUCACUGGACCGCGUUUGCUACGACGGCUGAACAGGCAGUGACAUCUGUGAGCCAGCAUUCUAGCGCGAGAUGUAUGCACCUGAACCUCGUCCGGCUGCGGCUUAUCAGUGAAGAGAAAAACGGCGAUCGAUGUCGCGUUGUCGGCAACACGAUAUCUAGUCGUAGGGGUGCAAACAGUGUCUGACAGGCAGCUUGAACGUAUCUAAAUCGGUAGGAGUUAGCGGUACCCUGACAGCCACAAAAACGGACAGUCACAGGCUUUUGGGCCCACGGUAUAGACUUUUCUGCAAACUCUAGUUGAGUAUUUGCGUCCUCAUUUAGACAAGAAUUUUUAAAAAAAAAUGCAAAUCGGUUUGGUGUAGGAUGUAUAUAUAUAUAUAUAUUAAAAGGAGAAGGCUCGUCGGAAAAUCGAGGUAUACUCGUGAAUUUUCAAGUCGGUUACACCAACCCGUCGUCAGACGAAAAUGAAAAGUGUGAGGGAGAUAAUCCUACUGGGGAGUCAGGGGGACAUCGAGGUUACAUCGACAAGACAGGCGUUUGUGUGUGGGGGUGAAGAACGUGUUUUGAUAGGUGGCGGACGUUAGGGGUGGUGUUGGGGGUUUCACACAUGGUUCACUGUGUGGGGGAGGUGCUGAAUCCAUGAUAUUCUACAUGGCCGAACAUGGAUUAGCAGUUGGUGGCUUAGGGUGGGCGCAAGCCGGCGAACCGUGAACGUAAGCCUUCGUAUUGAGCGUCCAAGUCGACAUGGCGGUUGAUGCUAUUGCUAUUACCGCCAUGUCGACUUGGACGCUCAAUACGAAGGCUUACGUUCACGGUUCGCCGGCUUGCGCCCACCCUAAGCCACCAACUGCUAAUCCAUGUUCGGCCAUGUAGAAUAUCAUGGAUUCAGCACCUCCCCCACACAGUGAACCAUGUGUGAAACCCCCAACACCACCCCUAACGUCCGCCACCUAUCAAAACACGUUCUUCACCCCCACACACAAACGCCUGUCUUGUCGAUGUAACCUCGAUGUCCCCCUGACUCCCCAGUAGGAUUAUCUCCCUCACACUUUUCAUUUUCGUCUGACGACGGGUUGGUGUAACCGACUUGAAAAUUCACGAGUAUACCUCGAUUUUCCGACGAGCCUUCUCCUUUUAUUAUAUCGCCUCGGAAUGCAUACUACCUCCAUUAUUCAUAUAUAUAUAUAUAUAUACACUGAGUGAGCGAUCUCAUGAAAUGUUGGCUGAAAUUGUGAAAUGCGUUUUCGUUUAAGAAGGACUACUUGGUCGCGGUUGUAAUACUGACUAUCGUAAGGCAUACUCUUAUAGCAUUUCGAACUCAGAAGGAUGUCGGCUUUUAAAUGCACUUCUUUUCAAUCUCCCGUAGGAAGCGUGCUCGGUAAAAAAUUACUACUUAAGUAGCAUGCAUUUUUCCCAUUGAUUUUCGAUGGUCUUGGAAACUCAAAUAUACUUUAUAGAAAUAUGCCAUCUUUUAGUUAAUCAAUUGAGAAUCACGUCUUCUUUAUAUUUUAUACUUAAGGAAGGAGUAUAGUUAGGUUUUAAAAAAGUUUUCUAAUUGCCGAAUAAUUUGGAGCCUGAUCAUUCGUUGCAUUAGCUCUUAGUGAUUUCAGUCUACAAGGUGCAUGCGUUCCGCGUAAAGAAAAUCACAUAAUCUUUUAUGCCUUUAAAAAGAUACCAUAUAGAGUCCAUAAGGUUUUGCAAUGGAUGCGGACCAUGUUGUACAUUUCAUGAGAAGCAGUGGUAAACAGCCAAGUACGAUGCUAUGUGAAUAGACAUUUCGCGGUCUUAAAAGGUCUCAUAAUUAAAAACUUUCUUAAAACUUAAUUAUAGUCCGUCCUUAAGUAUGAAAUAUAAAGAAGACGUGAUUCUCUAUUGAUCGACUAAAAGAAAGCAUAUUUUUGUUUAUGGUUUCUAUAGAAUAUAUUUGAAUUUCCAAGAACAUCGAAAAUCAAUGGGAAAAACGCAUGCUAAUUAAGUAGUAAUGUUUUACAGAGCACGCAUUCUACAGGACAUUGAAAAGAAGUGCACUUAAAAGCCGUCAUCCUUCUGAGUCCGAAUUGUUAUAAGAAUAUGCCUUAAGAUAAUCAGUAUUACAACCGCGAUCAAUUAAUCCUUCCCAAUCGAAAACGCAUUUCAGAAUUUCAGCCAACAUUUCAUGAGAUUGGUCACGCACUGAAGAUAUAUAUAUGCCUUCUCGCUGAUAUAUACAGUAGACGAGCUAACUCAUGAAGUGUCAACUGAAAUUCCGAAACGCCUUACCGUUUCGAAAAGACUAAUUAAACAGAUUCAUGUCGACCGAACGGUGAAAAACUCAGCGCCUCGGUGAGAUUCGAAUCCACGACAGUAAUGUGAAGGCUUUAGUACAACCAAUACUUUAGCCACCGUAGUUAAGAGGUCCCGCCAGACGACGCGGGUUUAAUCACAUUUGGGCCGUCUGGCGGGGCCUCGUAGCUCAGGUGGCUAGAGCGUUGGCUGCACUAAAGCCUUCACCUUACUGUUGUGGAUUCGAAUCCCACCGAGUAGCUGAAUUUUUAGCAGUCGGUUCAGUAUGAACUAUUCAAAACCUGCCAAAGCAUCUAUAGUUAAAUAACGUUGUAAAACUAACCACCGAAUAGCAUAAUCCUAUAAUACUUCAGUUACCACAGGAUGUCGACUUUCGAAAGAACCUCUUUCCAGUUGCAUGCAAAAAUCACAUUAUGUAGAAAAUGACAACUUAAGAAGCAUGAAUGUUUCUAAUUUAUUUUUAAAUGUCCUUAAAAAUUCAAUUAUAUUCCAUGGAAAACACACAUAAAAUAUUCAUUCUCUUGUUCAGCCGAUAGGAAAUUGUGCUUUUUUCCAAUUUUAUACCCAUUUUUACACGGUUUUAACAAACAUGUACAAUUCUCGAGUAAUUUUCAACGCGACCUGUCACUACACUUGCAUUCAGGAUUCAAAAACACAAGCCGUAUAUUUUGUGCGUACGGAAAACCACGCAUUUCUCUACGGCAUUAGGAGGAGAUCAUGUGUGGUUUUUAACAUUAAGCGGUGGAUCUGAGCCACAGGACGUCUUAUGAACGGUCGUUUCACGGUGGGAAACAAUCUUCGAUUAGAAACUUUUGAAACAAAAUUUUAUCCUUUUUUAGUAUAGAAUUAGAAGAAGACACAAUUUCCUACCGAGAAGCAAGAGAAUGAUUAUAACUAUGCAUGUUUUCCACGGAAUAUAAUUGAAUUGUUAAGGUCGUCGAAGAAAAAAUUAGAAACAUGCAUGCUUCUUAAGUAGUCAUUUGUUACAUAGUGUGGUUUUUGCAUGCAACCGGAAAGAAUUUCUCUCGAAAGCCGACAUUCUGUGGUAACUGAAUUUUUCUAGAAUUAUGCUGCUCGGCGGUUAGUUUAACAACUCCAUUUAAUCCAUAUUUUUGGAACGAAAACGCAAUUUGGAAUUUCGGUCGACAUUGCUUGAGUUAGCCCGCCUACUUUAUAUAUACAUAUAUAUAUGGAUAUGGGCAAAAAUGCUGAGCCCAAAAGUUGACAUUGAAGAAGAUGGUAAGACGAGUUAUAUGGAAUUAUAUAUGGGAUUAUUGACAGCUGAAACAGCAGGUGGGCACUUAUUUAUUUGCCUUUCGUUCCACAAACAAGAAUUACUUGUGUUUUCACUUCCAGUGGGCAGCUUGCAUGACCGUCAGCGGUCUUUUUAGCUGGUAAGUACGCCGGUACAAAGCCAUAACUACAUAAAUCCCCGGUCUUAAUGUAAGCAGAAAAUGCCUAAUGGCAUUUAAAUGGGCCAGCCUCAACCUUCCGCCUUCCGCCUUCUCGGGAUGACGUCAACGCUUAUGUCACUCGAGGAAACGUAAUAUGCGCGCUGGCUGGGCGGAAAUGAACAGACUUUAGAUCUAGGCGGCGUGCUUCUUUGCGGACUAUUAUUCUUCACGAAGACAGCCUUGUACUCUCAUUCAAUGCCUUGUUUAGUCUCAGCAAAGAUGGAUGUAAGUCCUAAAAGUAGUAACUGUGAAUCGAUUGCUGGGGAAAUUUUAGGGGUUUUAGACUUAGAGUAAACCGAUCAGUUGAGCUGCUUGCUGUGUUGGACACAGCCCACGGACAUGCCUGAGGCUUUGCCCAACAGAUGACAACAGCAUGACCACAAGUCAUAGUUGGUGUUUGAGUGGUAAUUUGAAGAGUCCUGUUUCGAAAGAUUACCUUCACAAACAGAACCGCGCUGAUGAUAGCCAUUUAGCAGGCAUCCAGGGUGUGUAUGUUGCAGCAUUUUAUACUGUCUGGACUGGGCGAUUGUUAUAAAUUUAUGGGAUGACGGCAGAGCUUUAAGGGUAUUUUUCACCAGACAGGAGUGGGGAAUUCGUUCUGCCCAUACUCUGAUGAGCGAGACGUAUUUAUGUGCAAGGUCACCGGAAGUCCAAAAAUAGAGCUCUGCUCUGCCAUCUGCCUCGUCUUUUCCCUGCACGCUGAUAAGGAAGCUCCAGAUGGCUGAUGAUAAAAAAACCCUAAAGGAUCCUCUGCUCACGCUUUGCUUAUCUCAAAGAUUGUUGCCGACAACGAGAGUCUUUGGAAAAAAAACCGAUGUACAACCAUAAACUUUAAUGUUACAUAUAUCAACCCGUCAACAUACGAAAUGAGUACGAGAUGGGCGACAUUACCAGUUCAGUGUGUCUUGGGUCAUAGGAAGUGCAUAAACAAAACCCUGGCGCCUGAGAGGGGGGGUCGUACAGAUGUGUGCUGCGUUUCUGUAGGAAGAGGAUAGCGAAACGAGACGGGCGGUCGUUGGUUAGGGGAUACAGGUGCUUCUGCAUCCUUCUGAUGAGCGUUUAGGAUGACCUGAUGGUUGAUAAUACCGGUUUUGCGUUACGACUGAUCGAGAAAUUCCUGUACCCCUUUUGUGUUGGACAUCGUGACGUCUUCGCCAUUGUUCUUGCCGAAGGAGUGGGCAUUUUGUGAUGCGGGGACUUGGUAAAGGGGACAAGGCGUCAUGUCGACAGACAGCUGGUGGGUGUUUAUUAAUACGAAUACCUAAACGUUGACCUCUAUGGCCAACAUAUAUGCAAGAGCAUUGAACGAGAAUUGUCUGUAGCUCUUUAGGGAGGAAAAUCUUAACUCGAGAUAAUGCAGCGCGCUCUGAAUAUGCGGACACAUGAUAGAUGCGGAUACAAGAUCGCCUUAGCUUUCCGCGCGUCCAAGACAAGAAACGGGUUUGGGAAAGUAUGGCUCUGUCUGAAUUCCGAGGCGGCUUUUGCUCCUUAGCCAGGAGCUUUGACAUUUUCGAUUCCAAGUAAUCUUUGACUUUGCUUGGAAAUGAAAACCCACCACUGCUUUCUGUUCCGUCGGCUAAUCUUCACUGAAAUGCGGAGUGGAGAAUUCGAGUAUCCUAGCAACCUAUUUUUUGCUUCUACGCAUGAUAAUCUUGUGUAUGCGUGAGCUUAUGAGGAAGUGGAAAAUCACCAUGGUGAAUAAAUUACUGUACAUGCCUCCCGUAAGUUUUCUUCUAGGUUAGCACUGAAAUAUUGCGUCUUUAAUUCGCAAACACGCAUGAUCUGAUGCCGAUGCUUAAAGGCGUGUGAGCUACCUGUAGACUGUAAAUUGCCUUCGCUAAGUCGGCUUUCUUUUAGAGCACUUCGCCGAACAUUUUCAUUGUUGCCAUUCAAAAUCGGUCAAAACGGAAAAAUUCCGGUUCACACAGAUUGGCAAAAAAUGUGACUAAGCGUGAAAAGGAUCACUUUUGACAAGUGCCAACAGUGAGAUCUAUUCCUCAAAAAUCUCCGCUAGUGUGGCCUUCGCAUAGCUUUGCGUGAAUGCUAUCACACGGGAGCGCCCAAUCAACGGCCAGGGCUUGUGAUUGGUAAAUGGGAGCAGUUAAAACAAGGGGUUGUUUAUUUUUUUAAAGCAUGCCCCGUCGAGAUGUCCUGCCGUCGUUUAAGCAUGAAUCCGGGUGAGGCGCUUAUAAACGAAAGCAAUGAGUCGCCGAGGGAAAACCUUCUGAAACAGUACUUCGAUGAGGAUGGAUGCAAAUUCCGCCACCUAACUGCCGAACAAUUCUCCGAUAUCUGGAGCCACUUUGACCUUGAUGGUAUGUCUACUUACUACUCGAAGUUUUUCUUUUUAAUGAUUACAACAAGUGUUCAGCCUCAUCUACAUGACACGAUUAUAUAAGCCCUACCUAUACAAAAUGUUCCCUCAAUCCUUGGUUAUCAUGGGGCAGUCUUCGAGUUUCCAGCCUGUCUUUCGCUUUUUUUGGAAUGCUGGUUUGGGCCGACCGUUUCUUAUUUCGAGCCUGUCAGGCAGCAAGCCAAACCCCGUGAUUUUUUGUUCCGCUGCGCCUGCAGUAUGCAUGCACAAAACUGCUGAACUUUAGGGCUACUGCCAUGGUCGGCACACCCAAACCGUAGCAACUGUGAAUUAUCAUUUAGGAACUGUAGCCCAAAAGCGCAGUUGCACGGCCUAAAUACGCGGCAUUUCCGACGAAAUUUCUAUCGCCAGCCCCCACACAGGAUGAAAACUACGCCCGCCGAUGUUAAAUUGCCACGAGCCACGGACACACGGUCGUCCCUCGUGUUGCCAAUUAAGUAAAUAUGCUAUAUCAUUAAAUGUUGGCUCGAAUUCUGAAAUGUGUUUUCAAUCCUAAAAUAUUACCCAAGUAAGGCUGUCAUAUUUAUUUUCAUGUUAAAUACCCUUAAGGUAUUCCAAUCACUUUAAAAAACAGCUUCCAAAGAGAAUUUUUAUUGACCAUUUGCAUAGACUACAUUUCGGAAAAGGACUACCUGAGUAGCAUGAAUUAUUUCCAUUGAUUUUCGAAACUUAUGUAAAUUCAAAUAUACUUAGAAGAAAACAAGCACCACAGUAUUCUAUCUUUAAAUCAUCUGGUAGUAAAAGACGUCUUGUUCAAAUUUUAUACUUGAAGAUAGAGCAUCGUUUGAUUAUAAAAAACUUUCUUGAUUCCCUAAUAAUUUUUAACCCGACCGGCCGAUGCACUUGCAUUCAUGGUUUCUGAACUACAAGCUGUAUAUUUAUCGUGCAAGGAAAAUCAUUAAUCUUAAUUUAGUAUUGCGAGGAGGACAUAUAGAGCUCAUGCAGUUUUGCAAUGGAUGUGAACCACAAUGUCUAUUUUAUAAAUGGUAUUAAUAAAUAUGCUGAUGCAGUGCUGUGCCAUUAGGCAUUUAACUGCGUUGAAAAAUCCCCCAAUAAGAAAAUUAUUCGAUAUAAAAAGGUACUCUUUCUAAGGGUAUAAAGUCCUAAGAAGAUGUUAUCAGCUACCGAAUGAGUAAAAGGAUGAAUAUUUUUGUACAUCAUUUAUAUAAAAUAAAUUUGGGUCUACAAGGGUAUUAACAAUUAGUGAAAAAUUAUACUACAUAAAUGGCCAUUUUAUAAGGAAUGUGAUUCGUACAACUAGUUGAUGAGAUCUUCAUUCGAUAGCCGGCAUCGUGGCGUGGCUGGAAUAUUGUGGCAUUAUUUAACACGAUUAUUAACAUGACAACCUCAUUUAAGUAAUUUUUUCGAAUUGGAAACACAUUCUAAACUUGUGAUAAACAUUUCAUGAGAUGGUACAUCCCCUACACAAGUCAUGGACAGGCGCGGUUCAGUGGUGGGACGUAUCCGAAAGAUUAAUCUCCUAGGAUAUAUCGGAGAAAAAUAUAUCUCAGUAGGUUAUCCACUGCCCUCAAUUCAUCUAUUCUGGUUCGAUUCAACGCCCAUGGUUGAAGUAGGCGAGCUCUAGAUGAUUCCUGGGCAAUUUUCAGGAAAUAAACAAGUCAAGUGUUUUCUAAAACAGUAGGGGAACUCAACAUCAUUUUAUUCAGUAAUCGUGCGUCUUCAUUGCACAUUAACCCCGCGACAGCUUUCCGGAAACAGAGUAUACUCUUUCGUGACCAAAGACGUAUAUUUUCGUUACCUCUUCUUACGGUCCCAUCAAUGGCCUGCAUUAGGACGGAAGGCAUAGCGUACAGUUUGCUGACAAAAAAUGUAGACUGGCAGAUGGUAGAGUUGUUUAAAAGAGGGUACAAUUUAAAAGCGCAACCUUGGUUUUCCGUUCAUGUGGCAAUUGAUAAAAUUUCGUUCACGAAGUCAAGGUCUCUUGAUUUUCACAAAAAACUAAAACACCUCGACCUCUCCCUAACAUCUGCAGAGGCCGUUUAAUGGGCCUUACUUAUCCCACGGGGGCCGUUUGUGUUAGUGCACUACUGUGCUCUCAGGCAGGUCUGUGAUUGUGCAUCCUAAAUCAUUGACGCAAUAGUAUUUGCAAGCAGUGAGACCAGGUCACUAUACACCGGAUUUCUGUAGUACUCCAACACAUUGUACAAUUUCCAACCCACACACUGAACGUUUACUACGCAACAGCCAUUUAUUAAUCGCCCUCUUUCGCCAAACUUUGGCCCAAAAAUGUGCGAAGCAAAAGCACGGCGAGGACCGCUUUCUCCCCUUCGGACUGGCAACUUUCCAUCAGUACAUAUUAGUUGAACAGUAAUUCCCCCAAUAAUGACCAUCCUCUCGUUUACCCAUGUCGGGCGUGCUCUCUCUUGCAUCGGCGUCAGAAAGAUGUACCGCGGCUUGAGCAUGCGCCCAGUGCAUGCUAUAUGCGACGGUCCUCUUGCUGACAGAACCCCCCUUCUGCGUGAGGCAGCUCCGGCCGGCAACAAUAAAACGGUACUUCAGGUGAAUUAUAUAUUUUUUCAAUGGUCAGUAGCAUCACAAAUCUUCUCAUGCUUCACUGACGCUUUUUGCAGGUUGAGUAGCAACGGUGGGUCUUCACUUAAUGUGACCUGCCGGGCCAAUAGAAUGCACGCUUGAGGGCUCUCGGUAUGGAGGCGGGGCGGUGUGGGGGUCGGAACGACGGUAGAGAGCAGGGAGACAGGCAGGCAGAAAAAGCCCAAAAUGAUACAGGUGCACUUGAAAAAUAUAUCGGCUGGACACUGAAACAGAGCCCAUAUGAUGCUAGCACAUGCGCAUAUCAGGUGUUGCUUCUGAGUUUAAUGAAAAAUCAAUUGAGCAUUUGUUUGGGACGAGACUUGGAAAUGUCCUUUAAACUUUGUCACUGGCUAAUGUUAGUUAAACUUUAAAAUAGCUAUUUGUAUAUCAUUGAAUGAUGACUAUUGGGAUAAGUAUGUGGAAUAGAGAGAAAUAUUUUAAAAGUUUUACUUUCUGAGAGAAUCCAGAAGAAGCCUGUUGUCAAUUUAGAUCAUAAAGGCUAAUUACUUUAAACCAGUAAUUGAUGGGAGGUUUCAUAUUUUACAACCGUGUAAUGCAUCGGUGAUAUAUAUAGCGCGUGGCCGAUCUCAUGAAAUGUUGUUUUCGUUUAGGAAGGAUAAAUUAGGCGGGGUUAAAAUAUUCAACAUCAUGUAGCAUAAUCGUAUAGUAUGUUUGACUCGGCAAGCUGUCGGCUUUUGAACGCACUUCCUUUUGAACUCUUGAAUAAACGACACACAGUAGAAAACGACUACUUAUGUAACAUGUAAUUUUCUCAUAAUUUUUGGUGGUCUUAUAGAUUUCAAUAUAUUUUAUGGAACCCAUGCACAAAAAUAAGCUUUCUUUUACUCUUUCGGUAGAAUAUCACCUUAACUUUACAUUUUAUACUCGAAAAAGUGUAUAUUUAAGUUUUGAAAAAUUUGCCCAAUUCAAGAAUAAUUUUGAAUGGAUCAGCCAUUGCAUUAGCACUUGGCGAUUUCAGUCAACAAGCUGCAAGCAUUACGCCUAAGGAAAAUCAAAUGUUCCUCUAUGCUUUCAGGAACAUACUGCAUAGAUUUUAUAAAUUUUGCAAUGAAUACGGGCUAUGUUGCACAUUUCGUGAGGAUCAUUAGUAAACGAACAUGUGCGAAGCUGUAUAAGUGGAAAUCUCAUGGUCUUACAAAUCGCAUAAUAUGAAACUUAUUUGAAACUGAAUGAUAACCUUCCUCAGGGUAUACUAUAUGAGUAAAAUGUGAUUUUUACCAAACGGGUAAAAGAAAGCAUAUUUUUGUGCAUGUUUAAUAUCAGAUGUAUUUAAAUUUGUAAGUCCAUCAAGAAUCAAUGCGAAAAAUUCAUGCUACCUAAGUAGUCAUUUCUACCAAGUGUCUUUUCUGCGGGAGGUCAAAAAAGGGCAUUCAAUAGCCGACAUACUCUCAAGAACGAAAUAGUAUCACAUUAUGCCAUUUAUUUAUUCAUUUUACAACGCCACCUUAAUGAUCCUUCCUAAGUGAAAACGCAUUUGAGAAUUUUGGCCAACACUUCAUGAGAUCGGUCGCUCAUCUUACAGUCCUGUCAAAUGAAUAUUUUAACGGCCGAUAUAAUAAUAUUUAAUAUAAGCUUCACAACGGUAUGCGAAUGUCUGUCGGUAUGCUUGUCCUAAAGGACAUGCGGGAGCCCAUUUAAAAUGUUUGCAGAUGGAUAAACAAUAACAGCAUUUAGAGCUCGGCUCAGUGUAAAGUUUGGACGGUUCACUUGGAUGUAAACAAACUGCUCAAAAUUUUACAAGAAGUUAUUCCGUUAAGUGUCACGGGGAGUGUUCUGUGUCUCAGGCUAUACAAACUGUUUCGAUUUGACUACUUAAGAAGCAUGCAUUGUUUCAUUGAUUUUCAAUGCCCUUAAAGAUUAAAUUAUAUUUCACAGAAGACUUGCAUAAAACUACUCAUUGUUUUGUUCAUUCGGUAGAAAAUUACGUCUCCUUCAAAUAUUAUACUCGAAGGAGGGACAUAAUUCGGUCUUCAAAAACUUUUCCAAUUCCUGAAUAAUUUUGAACACGUCUCCUCUUAAUGUCGCUAUACGAACUCCUUCAAUUUCACAGGAGACAUCGAAGAACCCGUCCCGGUUGAAUUUCACUUGGUACUCACCAGCCAUUGAGGGAGACAUAAAUCCCUGUUUGAUAGUUCAUAUUAUUCUCAGCACACGAAUAAGCAGAAAUAAGUACGCUGUCCGCAUAACAAGUGGACUCGCACCGAAUUCCGGGGCUAUUAGGGCUGGAGUCCGGGUAUAGCUGUCUAGAGUAUGGUAAAAGUUGCUCUUUAGUCCAACUAGGUCUUCUUUUGUAAUGAUGUACGACUUUAAUUGGCAGAAAAUUCCGGAUUUAAAACUAAGACGAUGAAUUUAGAGAGUGACUCGUAAAGUGGAAUGUACGUCGGUUGGCAUUGCUUGGAAACAUACUAUUCCCAUUCAUUCUUAUCAUUAGCGUCCACUUGAUAUUGCUUUCAGCAAAAGAUUAAUGAAACGCUUGAUGUUUUGGGGUUGUAACAAAAUUGACGCCUCCAAGUCCGUAUCUCUGCUGAGCCUUCGUAACGAAAUAUGGUCAUAUUAAGUCUUGUGGAGGAAUUAAAGGUAUAUUUCGUAAGGCCACUCUUUAUCUCAAAAUGCUCUAACUAGCUGUUAACCAUAAUUGCAUGUCCUUGCUUUUCAAGUUUCCUUGGAAUAGUGGUGGAAAGUAGCUUACUCAUACUUAUUUUCAAUGGGUCUUCAAUAACAACCAAAACGGUAAGGGCCUGCAACGGAGAUGAAGACAAUUAGGUAAAUGCCCAGGAAAGAAUGAGAUACCUAAGAGUCAAUCAGACCUAGUUUAUCAUAGUAGACCAUGCAUUAGUCUGAGUAGUCAGGCAAAUAUGACAAAAUUUGAAUGUUCUAAAAAAAGGUCUUGAUAUUUUAAAGUAAUCAUAUAGAAAUAAAAAAUGUUAUAAAUAGAGGAAGAUUUUCAGUGAGGAAGAGGGAGACUGGGAUGGCCACUUCCGACUUGUCGUCGACCACCCGCCCACGCAGUCUGCCCAGUUGUUUGUGUGCUUGUGUGGAGUGGUGGGCUGAGAGCCAGGCUGAAGCAGCCGUGUGAGGUGUACGCCGCUCAUCCCCCCUUGUGUGAAAUCCUGGUGCUUGUGUUUGGGGGGGGGCAGGUCGUGCAUGUGGCGCGCGCAGACAAGGUCACUCCACCAUGUCAACCACCGCGCCCAUCCCCCAAAUCAGUCAGUUGACCGGCUCGGACAGGUGCUGAGGUGUGGGAAUGGGAAGGGUGAGUGAGGUCGACGUCUCAGCGCACUUUCUUAAUUACAAACAAUCUGAUGAGCUUGGACCUAUCGCAGUAAGCAAAAAACCGUGUCUUGAAAGGUUGAAUAACUGAAGGGAUAACUUAGACCUCGCAGUCGACCCAGUUUUCUGUGUUCGUGUGGAGUGGCUGACUCGUGGUCUAAGAGUAAGUUUGCAAUGGCUCCUUCUCAAUGCGUCAUUUAUGGCGAUCCCACUCCGUGGAAUCCGAACCAGGCGUGGGGGCAUGCGUAGAUGCGGCUCUGGCCGUGCCAGCCACCCUUUUUUGUUGGUCAAAAUCCCGGUAAUUUGCCGUGUGGACCAGGCACUUAGGAGUGGAACACCAAGUUACGGACUCGACCGUAAUAGCUACCUGCCUCCUCCCCCGUCUCCAGUCUUCAUGACUACGUCUUGACACCGGGUCCAGAUGGGGAGUGGGGAAGAGAGAGAGUGCGGUAGAUUCUGCGCAGGUCUACUACCACUAUAACUUAAUUCAAGCACAAGUCACUGUCCACUGAUUCACCCUAUGGAGCACACGGUGGACAUCGUCGGCAACGAAGGUCGAACUCUCGUCAGCCAGCUCUACUCAAAUCUCAGUUUUUCAGCACCUGAGCCUCGAUUCCACAAUCCUCGUACACCACUAGUCGUGCGACUGCCUGGGGGGUUCUGGAUCGAGCCUGAGAGCAUGUCCCAUCACGCGACCAAUGAAUGCACUUCUUACAUCGAAAAAUGGCACCUCGUUAAAUUCUGCGUGAGCGCAGAGUCCAUUCAAUUUCGAAGAUGAUUGCCAGUGGAGAGUGCCGUUAAGGUCAUCUUUGUGUAGAGCCUAUCCUCUUUCGAAGUUGAUAGCCGGCAGAUAAUACCGAUGAGGGCAUUUUGCGCGUAAAAGUUUGCACACAUCUGACAUACUUCAAAAUCCUUCUUGCCCACCUUCAACGAAACGAUAGCCGCCAUUAUAACGAUGGCGUUUGACCAGCUUUGUGACUUGAAGAAGGAGACACGAUCGCCGGGACAAGAGCUUUAUUAGCCUGACGUUUCGGAUUCCUACUCGAAUCCAUCACCAGAGACAAAAAAGCAGAAACGGGUGGUUGCUGCACAAGGGGCUGCGGUAUUUAUGGGAUGCAGUAGCCAUGCUACCGCAUACCUAUGAACAUUUAUGGCUCCCCCCUUCAUCCGCGAUCGUCGCACUUGGUGUGAUCAUUGCUUGAUGGCCGACAUUCGAGACGAUAAUUGCUGCAAUUUCAUCACAUGCGUUGGAUGUUGGCGUGAUGAUUGCUCGACCAUCUGACGCACCGACCCCGGUGUUGGGAAAAGUGUUCACCUCUGCUCCCCCGCAUGGCUUGUUACUCCGCCUAGGCGAAAUUUGAGCACGCAGUAUGGAGUGGGAAGCUCGUUGCACUUGUUGGUGGACUGGGGGCCAGUAAAACAUGACUCAAGCAGCUCCCGGCUCACGCGGUUGUCACCUCUUGCGAGAAUUUCGGCCUCGUCAAAUUUGAAUGUGUGGCCGGAACCCGUCGAAUGAGCCGCAACUUGAGAGCUGGCGUCAUUUCUCCGCACUGCUGCAGCGUGUUCGGCCAUUCGCGUUCGGAGCUGUCUUCCGGUUUCUCCGACGUAGUUGCUUUGUCCGCAACUGCACCAGAUCCGAUAAACGACUCCAGACGUUUCUAGCCGUGGCAGUGGGUCUUUCGGUUUCAUGACCAGACGCCUGAUGGUUGCCUUACGGUCUGUGUGCCACUCCAACCCCAAGUGGUGCGAAAAGGCGGCCAACAUCUUCCGAAACGUUCUUGAGAUACGAAAGUGCCCGCCAAGAUUUGGUGUCCGUGCGGUUAGGCCUUUCGUCCUUUUUGCGUAUGCACCGGUCGACGAAGUUGCGCGGGUAGCCAUUGGCUUUGAAGACCCGUCGGAGGUAUUGUAGUUCGGCACUUUUGUCUUCCGGCUCACUGCAGUGCGUUUCGACACGCCGAUAGAGCGUCCUUACAAAACUGUGUUUGUGGCUGAUUGGGUGGUUACUGUUGAAGUUCAGUACUUGCAUCGUAUUUGUCGCAUUCCUGUGACUGCCUAAAGUGACGUCAAAUCAGUUAAUUUGAUUUCAUAAUUACAUCAGAUAUCGGGAUGUUGAAUAACUGACUAUCAAAAUUUGACUUUCCAAAGCAAGGCGCCCGUUAGAGUCCUAUAAGAGUAACGUCAGGCCUAUUGGGGAAAUUGAUAUGAGUGAUGUCCUUGCUCCUAGCGAACUGAAACAUCUUCAGAAUUUUCUAACAAAUUUGGGAUUUAACCCCAAAUCACCACCAACGCGCUACAUGGAUCCUCGCGGCCUACUUUUCCUGAAACAGUAUUCAACUUACAGAUGGGUCACUGCAUGCAUGUGAGAGCGCACGAGUAAAUAUUAUUGAUAAUGAAACAAUUUGCGUAUGGGUAAUAAACUAUGGGCAUAAACACGCACCCAAAAAGUGGUUCAUUAGAACCUUCAUGUGAGCUUGGUCAAGAAAAUCAUAGCAGGAUUUCAAAGACUUCCUGUACACCUUGCAAGAUCUUUGUGUUUUCCGUUUCUAUAGCCAGCUUAUCAAGCGCCUAGGCUUAAUAGUCGAGCUUUAAGAAUGGAAGGAAAGUUAUUUUGACCGAUAUUUUGGUAUUUUGCACGGAAUAAGAUCACACAGCUUACCAGCGCAGGGUAUUUCGUUUGGGGAACAUAGCACAGCCGUCUUGUCUGACUGGCCAGACAACAAAACUAUGCGUUCAGUGAUCUAACUAAGCCGCUCGGCCGUAGCAGACCCGCGCACGAUAAGAUGCCGGCCUACUGACGAACAUGAUCGUCAACGUCCACUGACACGUGAUUUCUAGGCCAAGUUAGCCCGCUCACAUUGGUGCGUUGUUUGUUUUGCCGAACCGUGUCAUUGUUCUAACACGUAACGUUUACCGUUUGCGCGCAAAAUCCCAAAAGUUCAUGAGGAAAGCCGAGUCUAGUAAAGCUCCAAUUUGCCACACAAAGGUUUUUUUAAUACGUCAACAACGUCAUUCCGCACUGCGAGGGCAAAAACCACAAUUUUCCGAGGUAAAAUACAGCUUUGCUAAUCUUGUUGCACUCUUAGAGGAGGAGGUCAGCGUAAGAGCUUAAUUUGACAUUUUAAGUGUUAUCAAAGAGUAAUAAAAUGAUCAAACUGAGGAAUAAAAUCUCCUUUUUCCUCAGUACUGAAUGACUUCCAGCAAAAUUAGCCGAAUAUUUAUCGGAAAUUGAAGAUUUCUGAUGGUGAUCUCAGCUUUCCCUAUCAAGUAUCGGGUUCAUUCACACUGGAGGUGAUUGGCAUUGUGCCAGACCUAUAGUAUCGGCUUCACCGGACAAGACACACGUGUUUGAAAGCUCGGUAACGUCCUUAUACACCACAAACAAACAGGUGUUUAAAGUCCUUGCCGAUCGUCAGUACGCAAGAGGUCAGUCAUCUGCCCUCUCAUGUUAGGUUUCUAAACUUGUUAAAGAUGCUGGUGCACGACACUUACUUGUUGUGUUUGAAAUCUUACUCGGUCAUACUCAGUCCGCCCAUCAGCUCGGUUGCCGAGGCAACGAGCGUCUUGUCAGAGGAUCGAUCAAGAUUCCAAUCACAAGGAAGGAGUGUCACACGUUCACUCCAUUGACAGGUCACGUCUUUCUCCGCAGAGUAAUGCUCAUACUUUUCCACAUUAGACUUUAGGCUAUGGCCAGACACGCUGAGGCUUAGAAGACAAAUUUCUAUUCGCUAACAUGAGACCUUAAGUAUAUUAGGCGAAGACGCAGGGGGAUGCGGUCAUACUGACUGAGCACAGAAGUUUCUAGUCUAGCGCCAAACGCAUCUGUGGUGGCCCUGCCUAGAAUUGAGGUGAGCGAUUGUCGGUCGAAUGCGCUAAUUAGUUGACCGGGUAAAUGUGUCACGACAUAAGACUGCCCGAACACAGUAGACACUGCAUGAGGCCUAAUUAAGAGGAAGACCACCUCGAGCGAACUUCCUAAAAUAGGCAACAGACGGGGGGAUGGCCUCGCGACGCUUCGCGUUGUGGCUAUUCGACGCACGAACACAGGCACUCAUCGAAUUCAAACCACGUCCACGCGUGCUGGAAAAUCCUAGGCAUUUGCUGAGCAGGAAAGCAAACGCAUUUGAAGAAAAGGACAGUCGGGUGGCAGGUGUUUAAUUUUUCUUUUUGCUUGCUGCAACUUGCCGAAACUGACCGAACGGUAGCAGAGGCGACAUGGUGUACAGAGCCCUGAAGGAAGGGUAGGGCUUAAGGCAAGGCUUACUUAUUGCAGGGGACAAUUGUGCUAAAAGAUAAUAAAUGGUGAUUUUUAUUUCUACGUACCAGAAAAAGAAAUAAAAAGACCUCGCGGUGGUUGUUGCGUAUGGGUGGUCGAGGUGCCUCAAGGUAGUCAUCGGAGUAAAAAAAACGACCAUCUAGUACCUUUUUGACAAUGCUUGCAAAGGGGGAAUGUAUUUACUUGCAACUUCCAUUAAAUGGUAAAAAUAGUUUCCACUUUUAUUUGUUUACAAUAUUGAGGAUCAAACUCCGCGAUGUCAUAAACCUCGUGGAUUUUCAGCACUUUUGCCCAACACAAAUGCUGCUCGGACUAAGUCGCACAUAUCAUACGCCUCUUAUUCCUGCCCGGUCACCUCCAGUCUAAUGUCAUCGACCGAUGAUUGACUAGCACGCCCUGUAAUUGUACCUCGUUUACUUGCUCCAACAAUCUCUGACGACGAAUUCCUGCGCAAGUCUGGAAGCUCGGGACAAUCAAUAAACUGUCUCGGUGAUCGACCAGACGUCUUCACCAGUACACACAGUAGGUGGGCUAAUUCAUGAAAUUUCAGUCGAAAUUUUGAAAUUCGUUUUUGCUUCGAAGAGAUUAAUUAAGUAGGGUUGUAAAACUAAUCGUCUGGCGACAUAUUUCUAUAAUAAUUCAGUUGCCUUAGGAUGCCGGCUUCUGAACGACCGUCUUUUCGGCUGUAUGCAAAAUCACACUCUGCAAAAAAUUGCUAUUUAUAUAGCAUGCAUUUUUCUCAUUGCAUUUCGAUGCUCUUAAAAAUUCAUUUAUAUUGCAUGGACAACCUGCAGAAAAAUAUUCACUGCUUUGUUCUUUUGGUAGAAAAUAACAUCUUUUUCAAAUUUUAUAUUCGAAGGAAGGUUAUAAUUCGGUUUUUAAAAACGUUUCCAAAUCUCAAAUAAUUCUGAAACCUGCCUGCCGUUAUACAUGCAUUUAGGGCUUCCAAACUACAAGCCGUAUAUUUUCCGCUUACCGAAAACCAUACAUUUCACUACAGUAUUGAGGGGAGAUCAUAUGGGGUUCAUAAAAUUGAACAGUGGAUUUGAGCCAUAUUACUAACCACACAAGCCACAAUGGUAAAUGCAGAGACAUGAAGUUUUAUGAACGGCCAUUUUACGGAUUUAGAAAAUCCCAUAAUCUGAACCGUUUUUUAAAACCAAAUCAUAUCCUUCCUACAAGCAUAAAAUUUGAAGCAUAUGUUUUUACCAAAUAAGCAAGAUAAUUAAUAUUUUUAUGCAUGCUUUCCACGAAAUAUAAUUGAAUCUUUAAGGACGUUGAAAAUCACUGAGAAAAAUGCAUGCUUCAUAUGCAGUCAUGGAGUAUACUUUUAGAUGCAGCCGGAAAGAGGUUCGCACGAAAGCCGGCAUCCUGAGGGAACUGAAUUUUUAUGGAAUUGUGCUGCACGCUGAUUAGUUUUACAACCCUAAUUAAUUGAUCUAUUUGAAGCGAAAGCGCAUUUUGGAAUCUCGAUUGACAUUUCAUGAGUUAGCCCACCUACUGUACAUCCAAAACUCAAAGGUUUUUCACUGGCGGAACGCAUAUCUGGCCAUAAAUAAAUCCAGUUAUUAAAAUGGGCCAAUAUGCACCCACCUCUCGUCAAAAUCAAUGACCUGUCGUUCUAAGUCUGAAGUAAAUUGUCAAGACGAUGGCACAUUGGUUAACACCCUCUGCCAAGACAUAGGCUGUUGACUACCACUUGUAGCGCAUAUUAUUUCUAUCGAAAAUGCUUGAGCUAAAUAGGGGAUUUGGCAAGACAGCGAGACACAACAUCGGUUCGAGUAAGGGGACUAAGCCCUGUGACACUGAGGUGAAACAUCUCGCCUACGUGGAGAUUGGCGUUGUAGAGUCUAGAAGCAAAUGACUUUAUGCGUAGAUCUGACACCGCCUGGGUAUUUGAAGACAAAGAACAAGUUUCAGUGUAUUGCCGAAACAUGUUGGAUAGAUGCACUUUGAUGACUCGAGGAGCCAGUGUGAUAUUCUUUAAAGCAAAUGCCAGCAGUCAGCCAUUUUGUGAGCUCGGUUGUCCACUGGGGUGGCGUAGCAGGUUGAAGCACAUUUAUUACGGUAAACUUCACAGAAUUAGUUUCGGCGUAAAAUCUGUCUUUCAAAGAUCCCUUUGGAAGUCCUCUCUUGACGGAGUCUUUCCGUGGGAUCGUAAUGUCCACAUAGUGACCUACAUUUCCGCAACAAAUAAAAAGCUGCAUUUUGUGAUUUAAAAAAAUGGCAAAAUAUAAAGAUCUCUUUAAUAUGUAAUCAUCGGUUCCACAACUAAUUGAUUGGCGUGCGUACACAUCUCAACGACACCUUCUUGCCUAGGUUUUUUGGAAAAUUGAAUGCCUAUUACAAAGCCUCAAGAAAUCAAGGUCAAUUAGAUGUUUAACCUCUGUGAGGUAUCUGCGCAAGCCGAAGUUGUUGACUUCAACCGCAAAUUAUAAAAAAUUUAAAAACUCCUGCCACUCAUGCCAUAAAGCAAUAAAAGCAUGCGCACUGUCCGUGCGGUUGGUGAGACGACGAUUGCUGGAAUCACUGACUGUGAUCAUGUUCACGGUUAAUUUAUUUUGUUGUUUUUAGUCCGCAAACGCCGAACUGUCGUGCGAUAGGUGAAUGAGUGGUUUGCUGGAGUCUUUAAAGCCCUUACUGAGCCUGUUAGACAAGAACCAUAUGCUAAUGGAAGCAAAAGUUUGAGUUCCAUGUGCGUAUGUGCAAAAAUAAGAAGACUAGUCGAGCACUGGAACCAUCUGAUUAUUGUUCCGAGGUUUCGAACCCGUGCAGGAGGCCAUCUCGAGUGAUGGUGGAAACGACAAAAACGACCGAACGCAUUGCUGGGCGACUAGGUGUUGGAAGUGCAUACCGGCCCAAAGCCACCAUGCUCAGCAAGGUAAUAUGAAAAGAGCCAGGUAAACACUGAGAAGCAAUCCGGAGUAGUAUCUCGCAGCCCAGGUCAAAACUAUCCUUGUAAUUACAGAAGUCAGACUGGACGUAUGCUGGGGUCGCGCAUACACGAACAUACAGUAGGUGGGCUGACUCAUGAAAUGUCAACCGAAAUUCUAAAAUGCGUUUUCGUUUCGAAAAGAUUAAUUAAGUAGGAUUGUAAAAGUAUUCAGUCUGCAACAUUAUUCCAUAAUAUUUCAGUUAUUUCAGGAUGCCGACUUUCGAAUGAACUUCCUUCAAGCUGCGCACAAGAACUAGAUUCUGUAAAAAUGACUACCUCCCAUGAAUUUUUCUCAUUGAUUUACGAUGCCCCUAAAAGUCCAACUAUAUUUCAUGGAAAACAUGCAUGAAAAUAUUCACUCUUUCGUUCAUUUGGCAGAUAAUUAUGCCUUUUUCUAAUUUUAUACUCAAAGGAGGGACAUAAUUCGCUUUUGAAGAAGUUUUCAAUUGUGGGACUUUUAAAUACCGUGAAAUGGCCGUUCAUAUAUCGUCAUAUCUCCGAAUUUACCAAUGUUGCUUGUAAAGUUACCAAUAUGGAUCAACUCCACUGCUUAAUUUUAUGAACCCUAUAUGGUUCCUUUUUACUACCGUAGAGAAAUGCGUGGAUUUCCAUACUCGGAAAAUGAACGGCUUGUGGUUUGGAAACCCCGCAUCCAAGUGUAACGGUAGAGCGGGUUCCAAAUUAUCCGAGAAUUGAAAAAGUUUUUGAAAAUCGAAUUUUUCCCUUCCUUCGAGUAUAAGAUUGGAAGAAAACGUAACCAUCCAUCGAAUGAGCGAAAGAAUGAAUAUUUUUAUGCAUGGUUUUCAUGAAAUAUGAUGGGACUUUUAGGGGUAUCGAAAAUCAGUGAGAAUAUUUAUGCGCAUAAGUAGUCAUUUUUUCAGAUUGUAGUUUUUUCAUGCCACGGGAAGGAAUUUCAUUCAAAAGCCGGCAUCCUGAGUUAACCGAAUUAUUAUAGAAUAAUGUAUCAGGCUAAUUAAGUUUACAACCCUACUUAAUUAAUCUGUUUGAAACGAAAACGCAUUUCGGAAUUUCGGUUGACAUUUCAUGAGUAAGUCCACCAUCUGUAACCUGGCUUAAGCGAAGAGGCGACAAAUUAUCACAAGUGGUUGCUCGCACUUACGAAUUUGGAUCAUGAGUUUAACAACGCAGCCAACAAGAUAAUUUUGCACGCUGGAACCAAAACGAACCCAGAGUUAAUUGAAGCCUGGACCUCGGAUGAGAACUCGGUCAACCGAGUUAUCGAUCUGACGGGUCGUACGGAAAUCUGCGCAGUCGUCUCCAGUCUUGUGCAGCUGUCGAAGAUUGGCUAGCAAGCCUUAUAGCUGUCGUUCGAUCUGUCGUUGCUGCUAUCUCUGACGGUGAACUCCUGAGCAUGUUUGAAAGCUCAGAACAAUAGACAAACUGUCCCAGUGCUGGGCAAGAAGGAAUCUUUUGCCUAACGUCUUUAUAAAAACAAGUUGUUAUAUCUACGCCGGGUCGGUUGCAAUGAACAGUACCAGACUAACAUGUUGGCAAUGACACUAGCACAGAUAGUUUAGCAAUUUUAAUGCUCUGAACUCACAGAAACAGUGUGCAGUGAAUACGAUACCCUGUGAACUAUCUACUUCUUGUUCAGGUUCCCCUGGAAUAGUAUUAGUUGAAAGAAGCCUGAAGAAAUUCGAAGCGCAUAAGCUACUCUCGCCAAAGACGUCGCAAUUAUUUAUUAAACCGUACUUACAUUGUAUGCCUAUAAAACCAAACCUGACUGCUAGGCUAUAUGAGUGGGAAUAUCCCAAGUAUCUUAACUGGACUUUGAAGAAAGCGAUGCGGCAUACGUCCCUCUCCCCCAGUUACUCGCUAAUAAUCGCUGAGGUUAGCCAUUGAUAAAAACAGUACCAUUAUAAUGUCAUCUAAGAGACUGCUAGCUGAACUGAGAAGACAAUAGUCUGCUGAUAGAAGCGAACAAGCGAGUUCCCGGAAGGGGUUCAGAAGACGAAGAUGUGAUCACUGGAACAAGAAAUUUAUUGGCCUGAAGUUUCGGAUUCUCACUCGAACCCAUCAUCAGAUACAGUCGCAGAUAAGAGUACUGGUGGCACAAGGGGUGCAGUAUUUACAGCACGUGACUGCCGUCGGACCAUAUGCGUGCUGUAAUUAACAGCUCUCGCAAUUACCGCUGGAAUCGUAAGGGAUGCGAUGGUGGCUUGUUAGUCCGAGUGCAAGUCAUUAACGGCCGAGAUUUCGUCAUCCGUGUUGGAUGCUGCUGUGACGACGGCUCCAAAAAUUGGCUCACUGUCAAUGGGAUUAUUGCUCGUCCGCGCACUCCCCAAGUGACUGAUUCCCAUCCGGUGAUGGGUUCGAGUGACAGUCCGAAACGUCAGACUAAUAAAACUCUUGUUCCAGUGAUCGCAUCUUCGUCUUCCAAACAGCAGUCUGCGUCUGCAGAUAGCAUGAGAGCUAUUCGCCUCAAAAUUAUUAUCACGUCUUCCAAGAAUGCCUAAAUAUGUUCUAUCAAUGAAGAAAGAAGUCUGUUGUCCUGGGAGGUUGUGCUGGCCUAUGCAGAAGCAAGCGAAUAUGUGUCCAGAAUAGGUGAACUGAAAAAAUGGUACAUCUAAAACGCCUACCUUAGGGAAACGGAAGAUCCAGAUGAAGAGGACAGUAAACCAUUCACCUGCCAGAUUCUGCUUUAGCAAAUCGCUUAGGUCUAGACCGAGCACACUAUAUCAUAUAGUAGGGUGAUUUCACGGGACAGACUCAUCCUUCUGUUUCUUACAGAUCGAUUUAGUGACCAGUAAGUAACUGCGCAGUGGCUACUUGUACGAGCAGAAUGACAUUGCCGACAAAAUUAAGAGUUGCCAACAGAAGCGAAGAUACGAGUCCCAGGAAGCAGACUUGAAGAAGGAGACACAAUCGCUGUGACAAGAGCUUUUUUAGCCCGACCUUUCGAAUUUCUGCUCGAACCCACCAUCAGAGGCAAAAACAGAUACGGGUGGUUAAUGCAGUAGGGGCUGCAGUAUUUAUAGGGUGCAGUCGUCAUGCUGCCGUAUAUCUAUGAAUAUUCACGGCUGCCCCCUUCAUCAGGGAUCGUAGAACUUGAAUGCGAAUGGUCGAACACGCUGCAGCGGUGCGGAGAAAUGACGCCAGAUCUCAAGCUGUGGCUCAUUCGACGAGAUCCGGCCACUUAUUCAAAGGCGACUAGGCCUAAAUUCUCGCUGGAGAUGACAACUGCGUGAGCCGGGAGCUGUUUUAGUCAUGGUUUACUGGCCCCCAGUCCAUUAAAAUGUGCAAUGACCUUCACAUUCCAUAGUCGUUGUUGAGAUUUCGCCUAGGCGAAGUAAUGGUAACAAUCGGGAGAAGGCACCCAAAAAAAUCCGUUACCUAGAAAUACUGCCUUUAACAGUGGACUCAAACGCCUUCAGGAUAUAUCAGCGGUUGCAAGCCUACUUUCACGCACUACUUGGACUUUCCGCGACGGCCUAACAUGGGCUGACCGAACGAACAUAGUAGGAGGUUACAUGGACGAUGGUCGCUGUUACCCAACCUUCCCCAUCGUUGCACACGUACACCUGAAUGUACGGCAUACAUUCGCAUAAAGGCAGUUUAUUACAAAACAAAAGCACUUUUAAGCAGGAUACGUUUGCACAACAUGGGACAGGAACAGAUCCCAAGCAUCUGUCAAAGACAUGGCAUUGAGGCCAAGCCAAAGACGAUACUGUACUUCGUCUAUGUGAGCCCACACAGCUGGACCACAUUCAGGGCCUCCCUUGUGGAGUUUCCUUUUCAGUCUACUUCAGUAUGCCUCAAUGGGAUUGGUGUGCCGUCCGUUGAUAGGGUCCUUGAAGUUCUUUGAGUGGUUAACAGAGAAAUGUAGAUAACCUUCUGAGGGAAGACGAUUUUACGCCUUCCACUCGUCCGUUACCAAUAUACUGCCUUUGGCGACCCAUUUUGUAAUAACGGAACGGAUAGCGGGCCAACUUCGAUCAUUCACGAGUUCAAAUAAGGCAUUCCGUGGGCUAGUAUCGCACAUCCCGAUCAGCCACCACCCAUAAAACCCCUAUUACUACCUCGCCUGUAAGACAGGCUGUUUUGGUUAGGCGGAUUUUUUUGGGUGCCAUCUCCCGAUUGUUACCGAAGUAAUUAGCAACGCGGAGAGCCUGUAGGUGAACACUUUUCCCAACGCCAAGGUCGGUGGGUCAGAUGUUUGAACAAUUAUCAUACCAACAUCCAAUGCACGUGAUGAAACUGAAGAAAUUAACGACGCGAAUGUCGGCCGUCAAACAGUCAGCCCUCCAAGUGCAACGAUCCUUGAUGAAAGGGGCAGCCGUGAAUAUUCAUAGAUAUACGGCAGCAUGACGACUGCAUCCUAUAAAUACAGCAGCCCCUUGUGCAUGAACCACGUAUAUCUGCUUUUGUCUCUGAUGAUGGGUUCGAGCAAGAAUCCGAAAGGUCGGGCGAUCGUGUCUCCUUAAUCGAAAAAUUAAGGUUGAGUGAAGUGGCCACUUUUGGUCUUAUAGCCAUCAUCAACCAGCCAUACCCAGAGUCAGGUCUUGCAGUCCCUGAGGCUAGGACCCCUGUUAUUUCGGUUAGAAGUUCAAGGUCCUGGACACUCAGUCACAUGCUCGUUCAUUCUGCGGGCUUCUGCCCAAGGGGUACAAAACCUAGGGUGGUAUAUGGUUAGCUGAUGAGAGUUAGAAAAGCAGAAACGAGCUGACAAGAUAUAUCCGUACGGGAGCUGCCCGUGUCUCCAACUACGGGACUCUUGUACAAUCAACGAAAAAUGGCACUUAAUUUCCUCUGCUGCUCUUGGCAGCGUUUCCUAAAAUAGAAGCUAUGCGACGUUGGCGAACAAACUUUCGGCAGCUUCUGCCUGGGAAUCUUGUAGAUCAGGUUUUACGCGGAGCCUCUUUUCAAGUUCAGUGAGAAGGAGGCGGAUACGCCUGUUCCAAAUACUGGCCUGUGCCGGAAUUAACAUUUUUUAUUUCCUUUUUAAAUCCCUGUGACGACAUUUCUGACUUGCAUGCAUUUAUUGUCGUUAAGGCAAUGGAUACAUCGAGGGAGUGGAGUUGGAUGCGUUUUUCUCUGACCUACUUGAAACAAUCGUCACGCCGGAGUUGAAACACGUGAGCAAUGUUUCAUAUUUUGUAAUAAAACACAUAAAUACAGUUCUCGGUUUAUAACUUUGACCAUCUUACCAAAUAAGUCCGCUAAGAUUAUUACGACUGCGUGCUCAUAAAACAUGGCGUAAUAAAGCCGAAAAAUAUAAGCUACUUUAUUUCAACGCAUCCGUCAAGAACUCAUUGGCCGCCGUGGAAUUUGAGCCAACAACAGCAAGGAAAAGACUUGACUCUAGCCAAGGCUCUAGUCAUCUGAGUUACAAAGCCCUACCGGACCCAUGGGAUUAAUGGGCACCGAGGAAAACAGUACUGCUAAGACCAUCCAUGGUAGUGGGGCGCUGACCAAUCGUUUUUACGGAAAUCACUCGUCCCGUUGUGCCUUUGGGCUGUCUCUCAAGCCUAACCAGCAUCUGAACAGCGGCGCGUAGUGCCGGCAGAAUAGAAUUGCUGACAAGGACCAGGAAGACUGGAAUGACCAUUUCAAGCUCAUUAGCCGUCGUCAGCCAUCAACCAUCCAUUACAAAUGUUAUUUUGGUAUCAUUUUUUACUUUAAAUUUGGUUGUUGAGAUUUUAUUUGAUAGAGCUGAAAUAUUUUAUAGUUAAGAUGAAAUAUUUAUCAUUCAAAAAAAGUAUACUAUUUAUGUUUUGCAUACAUUUGCGCGGAAGUUGGUCUAAGUAAGACGGCCGAAUUAGCUCGCGGAUAAUUCGUGCCUAGGCAACUGUUCAGUCGGUUGAGACGAAGCAACAGAAGUAUUGUACACUGUAGAUUAAUUAUCGUACCUUGAUCAACGUAUGCACGCGUUCCUCGCGUGAUGUGUAUUCACAAAUGCGAUUUUUUGAAUUCACCUAUUUCCGCCUGGCCUGUCAGCUCGCUUUUGCAGCGUACACUCAUCUUAUACGACCGUCGGUACGACUACAAUUUUCCCGGAUACUGAUCACGCAGAAUGCUUUGGUGUUGAAGUCAACCAUCCAUUGAGAAAAUGUUAACUGUAAAUUCACCACUUUCUGAAGCAAUCAAAAAACGGAGCUGGGUGAAUAUUGAUAUAACCAAAGAAGUCUAAAGAAGUCUAAAUGUCGCCUUUCUAAUUGCUAAAUGAAGUUCUGAGCACAAUUUGCCGCUUGUAACCUUUGUCAGGAAAACUUCUACCAUGCGCUUAAAUGAUGCCAGAUUUGUUUAUACCGUUUCAAUACAAAUGAAGACUGAUUAGAACGCCAGUUUCUGUGAUAGAGGAAACGAUGUUUUUGGUAGGCAACGCGGAUGAAUGAGCGCAGGAUUAACGACUGUGUACAACACCUCGGACAACUUACUGGUGUGAUCAAUUGCCCGUGGUCUCCAAGAAUGCGGAAAAUUGCAUCGCGUUGAAAUUCGGAUACGCCCAAACGGACUGAAAAUGAUUUUCCCAGAGACCAUUAACUUUGCCGCUAUUUUUAGAUUAAGAAAGACUGCGCGCAAUUAGUUGUCAUAUGCGAUUGGCUGAGUGCACAAUUUUCCAGGAUCCAUUGUUGCACAUGAAUUUUAUACGCAGGGUCUCUGACAAUUUAAAUACUUUAGCCUGUUUAACUAAUAUUUUCUAUGAUUUAAAAAUCAAGGCAAACAAAGCACGCCUAUCAAAGGUCAGAGUUCGCUAUGCUAUUAAGGUCGUCAGUGUAGUUUGGUGUGAUGGUCUGUCACCAUUGUGGACUGGUGCUAGUCUUUCGGACUGGCGAUUGCAGGGCCGACAUACGCGGGUUUAACCUGUUAUGUGUGAAUAUCUUUUGAUGUAAUGCAAGUGGUCUUGCGUUGAAUUUCAUGAAGAGAAUCUAUUCUCGUGUGCGGACCCUAACGCCAACCCAAAGCUCACCACUGAGCUUAAACUUGACCGGAAACCUAACUCUGACCCUAAUCUCACCUGAAAUCGUGUCCACGAUCAUUUGUGAUGCAGGAGGUUCCUAUUCUCGUGUCCUCCUCCUCUUAAGAGUGCAUUUGGACAUACUGGCUUGUCAUCAGUGCGACUUGACGUCUGUCGAGGCCUUGAUUUUGGUCCGUCUGAUCGGUGAUUCUAGGGCCACCUUUAAUAGAUCCGGUUUUGUUGACGUAAUAUUUGUUACAAUAAUCAGUCGUCAGUUGGCAGGAGGCCUAAAGCCUCUGAAAAUAUUUGCUUGAAAUAUGAUGAAGAUGCAUCGGGAAUUAAUGAACCCAGUUACAAGUAUAAAAUAGAAUUGAACAUUAAUAUUUGGCAACUGCUCAUAUUCCGAAAUGCAGAUUUAGGCAGAAGACGCUACUGUUAGCCUGUGCAUCAGUAAAUUCCAACAGAUAAAUUCAGUUUGAACGUAAAGAAAAUGCUCUCUAAUCUUAAUUAAACUGUAGAAUUAAAGCACGUGCCGCCAAUUUAAGAUGGGUUUGUGGAAAUUAGACAACCUGGGCAGUCCAGACCUUCUUCAUCUUUGACUAGAGGAAUAAUGCUAGUUUGCAUGUGUGUAAAUAGACUGGCCUCAAAACUCAAAGAUGAGGCAUACGGCGCGGGAUGUGGGAGUCGGCGCUUUUGUUACAUUCGACUAAGCACACAUCCCAGCUGUGAAAAUUAUGCUUUGUUCGCGAAUGACAUGUUGCGUAUGGUUUUUGAUUGUUAUUUAGGCAGAUACAAAAUGUUUUGAAAUAAAAACUUCUGUGUAUGUGGGCUUUUUUACUGACUUGUAUGAUGCAUUUUUUGGGUUAUGUAAUAUGGGGCAUUCGGCGGCCCGCAGAAAUUCUUAUCUGUCCUCAUGAAGAAGUGCAUGCGAAAAUGUGUUAUUCCCAUAAACUUUGUCGUUUCUUUUAUUAUUUUGAAUUACCGCUCAUUUUGCCGGAAAGAGAAUUCAUUUAACGGUUUUUCUCGAAGUUCUAAAAGAAUCCUCUCAGCAGGAUAUUGCGGGAACUACAAUUUUGAUUUGAGCAAUUACACAGCCUGACAUUUGAUACCUCAUGGAAUUUUAGGUUUUAGAGUUUUUUAACAUGAUAUUUACUUAUUCCCACCUAUUCAGGAGAUGGGCAUACAAAAUAAACCAUGACAGCACGUAUAACAGUGCCUAUAAGUGACUUUUUAUAGAUCUUGACAACAGCUCAAAUCAUGAAGACUGAACACGCGGAGUUAACUUGCGCUUGACAUAUUCACUCAUGUACUGUCUCUAAACAAAAAAGUCCCCUUUACAUUUCUACAUCCUAGAAGUGAUAUCUUUCAAUUUUAGGAAACCUUUAAAUUUUUCAAUAAGCCUGAACCCCGUCAGAAGUUGAAAUUAGGCUUAGGAUUUCCAGACUGCAUGUUGUAUCAAUUUUAUAUGGUGAAAACCAUGUCUUUCUCUAUGCCGUUAAAAGGAUGUCACCUACAGUUUAUAUAAUUUUGCAAUAUAUGUAAACCAUGAUUUACGUUUCAAAGGUGGCAUUAAUAUGCACACAGAUGCAGGAGUAUGCGCAUGAAUAUUUCACGGUCUUAAAUAAUCCCGCAAUUGAAAAAUUUCACAAACCUAUGGAUUUUUCUUCAGGUAUAAAAUUUGAGGAAGAUUAAAUUUUCUGUUAAAUGAGUAAAAGAAUAAGCAUUUUGAGCAUGCUUUUGAUAAAAUAUAUUUCAAUUAGCAUAUCCCUUGAUAAUCAGCUGAAGAAUAAUCUAUGUUUACUAGCUCAUUCUUACUGAGUGUGAUUUGUGCAGGCGGUCGGAAGGCCCAUUCUCUAGCCAACAUCCUGAUUUGAGGAAUAGCCUUGAUAUUUCAUUAUAUAGGUCAGAUAGCAAACGCUUAAAAAUAUUUUUGACCUAUGUGGACGUUUGCAUUCUUGCAGACUGUUCAUAAAGUACCGUUUUCAAAUAAUAUUAAAAUUGUAAAGUUUGCGAAGGCUUAGUUCUCUUGGGACACUUGCAUGCUAAUUUAUCCGCAGAACAAUGGGUCUUUGGAGCAGUCAUUCUCUGUAUGUGUUUGCGUCAAAUUAUUCCGGAGCAACACUGCUAGAUAAUUGUGCGAAUAGGUCCUUAAUUAAUUAUAUUGGGGUACAGUUAAAUUAUGACAAUUAAUAAAGCAGAAUACAGCAUAUUCCAUUCACUUUAUUAUCUACGGAGACAUUUUCGCAAGUAAGUAUAGCCGGGAAUCUGAAAUUAUUAUGGAGAUUAUUUGUCCUAUCUUUACGUGCAGAAGGCGCGUUUCAUUGUCGUUAGAUAGUGCCGUGUCCUCCAAACGGGCCACGUGUCAGAUGCGCUGGACCAACACGGGGGGCCACAUCGUACUCUGGCAGGCGUUAUCUGUGCGCAAUAACAAAUGCCAACACUUCCGGGGUGCGCUGGCGGACCCUGUUGUCGGCAUUCGUCGCACAACUGGACCACUGUCAUCACCCCAUUGUUUUGUGGUCAAAAUCCUGGUCAUUUGUGUGUGCAUCAGGGGGUGCGGAGUGGAGCGCCAAGGCGAGGAUCCGUCCGAGCCAUCCACCUGCGUCCACCCCCGUCUCCGGUCUUCUUGACUCUGUCUUGACACCGGGCUCAGGCGGGGGAGGAGGAGAGAGUGUAGGUAGAUGGUACGCAAGUCUACUGGCACUAUAUACCCCUGCGUAAGUCACCGUCCCUGCUCCCACAAUGCAGUCUGUGGGGCAUACGGUGGACAUCGUCGAAAUCGACGGUCGAACUGUCGUAGAUAGUGCCGACUUGUAGAACCCUCGCGGGCUCAUAACACCUAUUAUACAGGGCGCCAAAGCCUUGCGAUUUGUAAAUUAAAAUUGUGAAGCUGUUCAGAGACUGCUUGAGUACUGUGUGACGCCUAUCACAAAAAUGAACGAAUACAUUGGCAGGGUGCAUGAAUCAACUAGUAUGCAAAAGUUUCUUCACUUGGGUAUAGUACAGUUCCGCUAAAUUAAUAUCGAAUAACGCGCAUUAAUUCACCAACGUCAAAUUUUCUUCGAAGAAUUCAUGCAAAAACCUACUAUUUUUCAGUGGAAAUCAUAACCUUGCAGACGCAUUAUGACUGUUUAAAAAGAUAAAUUAAGGGGUGUUUACUAGUUCAGAUGACACAGUUUAAUGUUCUCAAGUGAACUGUUUCCUAAUGACAUAUAUAUUUGCUCUUAAUACGAGUUAGUGAGCCAGCUGGUUAGCAACGCCACUUGUUCUCAAAUAAAUGGAGACUUAUGAAAAUGGCUCUCAUUCCUUACUUGCAAAUUUGGAAGGAAAUGUGGUCGGAAUAAUUUAUGCACGCUUGGCGGUCGUGAGCAAACACUAAAGAACUUAGAUGUUGGUUCAAUGCUUACACGUAAUUAACACAUAGGUCAUUCAGACCUGAGCGUUUUUCAUCCCAGUCAACAUUUAUCUCACACCUAAUGCGACGCGGAGACCUACGUGGUCGGGCCUUGAGUAUCUUUGCAGCUGGGUUUCAGGCGCUGCUGGAUGAUGAACCAGAAACGUCAAUCCUAGCGUCCAUUCACUUCUCGGUAGACAUCUGCGGCAGUCAUAUGUCUGGGAAACGUACAAUCUGCCUCCAGAUUUCACGCCUAUUGACGGAUUAAAACUUGCAAGUUAGCAUCCAGUAACGAUAAAGCAUAAAAGCACAUGAAGCGGUAUCCCAUAGUACUGCACGUAGGUUGCAGCUAUUCUGUUACCUGCGCGGGAUUCACAGAUAAGGUUAGAUUAAUUUGUACAAUUCAUUAUUAAUAUGAAUACUUUGCGGAAGCUCUAAAAUUGCAAGUAAAGUUGCUGACUUAAAAAUAAUAGCAUCUAUCGUGGUGAUCGCGAGAACAUAGUCCCCAAGAAAUCCGAGCGUUACAGCAACCCACGAAGGAUAUUUAGUUGAGGAUGGCUAGCAUAUACAAUUAUUCCUUGAUAGCAUGGGCCGCUUAAAUGGAAAUUGCUCCUCUUGAUCCUUACUGGGUACGCUUUUUCAUUCGAUCUGCACGGUAUCAUAAAGGGGCAGAAUCACCAACGACCUAUAAAUGUGCCCACAGUUCAAAUUAGCAGCAGAAGUGUCUGCAUGCAGUUCACUUUCAGAUGCGUUUCUUUAUUUUAAUUGCGCAAGUUUGUGUAGGUAACGUCGUAAUAACCUCGCUUUCAGAUUUUCGGGGUCGCAGUUAGGAAUCUUAGUUAAACAAACUGCAGGCUCUCCUGUGUUGUGGAGGAGGGAUUCAUUUCCACUAAAGUACACUUCCCAAUUGUGCGAAUUAAUUCAGUGUGUUCCCCCUAAGUAUAUUCUUCAUAUAGUUGACGUGCGUAGUUAGCAACUAGCACAGCAAUUUUUAUUUCAACUUAUUAUGACUAAACUUCCCACUACGUGGCUUUCCCUGCCAAAUGGUGGAUUACUUAAUUAGUGACUGUUUUACUCAUAAAAGCGAGUUAAAUAUAAUGGCCGCUAGCCAACAGACGUUUAGGAGUACUGAAAAAUUGUGCUUUAAAACAUUAACCUCACUGUGUUAUGCAAAAAAACUUUUAAGCAACUCGAAUAGUUCCUUAAACUAUCUGAAAAAAAUGGGCAUUCAGCGCUCUAGUCCACCACUUCUUCUAACCAGACGUCUAGUAAUGCCAACAAUUAUCUGAGACACUGACUGCGUAUUUGAGGACCCUACUUUGGUGAGGAAUGUAGUUAUAAAAAGAAAAGGGUUCACCAAAACGAUCUUGGCUAGACUUAGACUUGUAAUUUGUAUUUCCACAUGUCGGGCGAGUUAAAACACAUACAACCACAUGAUUUUAACCAAGCAUAAUUAAUUUAGAAACAUACAAAAAUUUGUAUAUCAGAGGACAAUAAAAAAACGGAAAUAGACACGUUUUUCUCACAGUUGCCGGGUUCGCCAUGACAAAGUAAAAUCCAGCGCAUAGGUUAUGAUCUUUGUUGGGUGGUUUAUAAUAAACAGACAAAUGGCGUACUCCGUGAUUCAUUUGAAAACGUUUCUAAUUCGCUUAUGGCAAAUAAACUGAGCACUUAAUAUCCUAUGAUGGGGACUAACAUUAAUUAAGAACAACGGAAGCGGCCGCAAAAAACGUAGUUUUUUUUCGUUUGUGGCAGACGAAUUGUUACUACCAGUCUCAGGAGUGCAUGCUUCAAUUUCUCCCUAGUCGCAGCCUUAAGAAAGAUUCACCACAAAAGUUAUUCGUCUAAAAAUAUCCCAACAGUACGUAUUAAAACGAGGCCACUUGUCAAAGUAGGACGGAAUAUAUGAGGAUCAAAACUUAGCUUGCAGAUCUACUCAUGUUUUUUUAACUUUUCACCGUUUCUAUGGCUCCUGAUGGCUAUCAUUAAUAAGACCACCGUUUCGGGCACUCAUUUCAGAAUGUUAAAAGCAUAUUAUGUUGUUAGACAUUUCAAGGGUUGAAUCCUGGUCAGAAAGCAAAUAAAAAUCUUCCUAAAAUAGAAUUUUCCUCGUUCUCCUAUUUCCCCAUUGUACUGAACUUUUUGCCUUUGUCCUGUCUCUAAAUAUAUGACCUUUUGAAUAUUUUAUGUUUACGACCUCUCCACACAUGAGUUUAAGUAAAAUUCUUUUUGAUUGGCGCACCAUGACCAAUGCGAAAAUGAAAAAACUUUGUGCACACAUUUAAAAUUGUUAAGCACUUGACUGACCGCAUUGUACACCCAUUCUUGUAAGACGGGCAAAGAAAAGGCUGACAAUGGUUGCAUUCGUGAGUUGCUGCAUUUAGGCCGUUUCGUUUAUUUAGUUCGCUUUAAGAAAAUAUAUUGCUCCCACUUUUUACAAACUUUUCAUUUUUAGUUAUCUUCAUUUUUUCAAAAAAUUAUCCUUUUGGAUGUACGGAUGCUUAGUCCAAUAGUCUACCUGUUUCCCUCAAUUGUCCGCCACAUAUGUUUGAAAUGUUCCCAAUUUUUGCGCAUAUGUUUAAGUCUAAGGACGACAAGGAAAAAUAGCACCGAAAAUGUACCUGAUACAGUUUUAUAUCUUUCGUAAAGAAGGUGUUUUUUGUAUUGUAUUUGUUGGGAUGUCUGCCUUUCAAUUCCUUCAAGUAUAUGAAUGCUUAUUUUAAUUUUUUGUUCCGUUUUCCUCAAUUGUCAGUCACCCACUUUCAGCUAAGCGCCAUGAUCGACGCGUUUUGGCAGUGUUAUUUGCUACGCGGGAAUUUUUUUGUGAAUUCGGCAGGUCUCAGGGGAUUUGUCAUCUGUUGCACAUGGUUGCAACAAAAAAAUAACAAUUUUGCUAUAAAAGUCAAUACGGUUGGUAAAUAUUUUGACAUUUUUUAGAAUCUCACAGACGCGGAAGUCCAGGCACUAAAGGAUGAGCUCUGGGCGCACAUUGACAAAAACAAGGACAAACGAAUUGAAAUAUCCGAAGUAAGUUCAUGCGUUAUAUCUCUCUGGCUACGCGGGGAAGGUUUGUUCAUUUGUUCUAGCUAUAUACGCCAAAAACGGCUGCCGUAAAAUUGUUCAUUCCACGUAUCUUAUUCUCAACACCUGCCUGAUGCAUCUUUCUUAGCUUUUUCUCAGAGACUGCUGAACUAUAACAGCAUGUUCUACAUUCAUUUUUAAUUAGACUCUCUGGAUUUCAAGAAGUCAUAUCAGUAGAUGUUUGUUUAAAUUUGUCGACUGUAAACUUCUAAUAGGGGGCAUGAUGAUUAAUUAUCUGACCUCUUGGCGGCUCUACAUGUGUCACUUCGUAAAAUAUUUACCAUAUCAGAAUAACAGAGGGUAGGAGCGCCUUAAGACGAAUGUGAUAGUUCGCAGAAGUAGAUACAAGAGGAUAGCGUCGAUGGCAUGCUGAUUAACUUACUGUUCUAUAAGCACGGCUACUUAUCAAAAACCCAUGCACAUGCUUUGCAAAAUGUGGGCUUCUGCCUGUUGCCAAUACGGAGUUUCAGCUAAGAGCUGUGUCCCCUGAACGUUCCUAACGGCCCCGGCGACAUAUGCUUGUGGUAUAUCGUCACGUACUAAAUUUAUAUCCGAACGUCAGUCCUGUCUACAAAAAACAGUACACUUUAGAAACGGAAUUGACUAAACAUAAUGGAUCGAAGCCUUGUCGAACACCUCGAACAAUCGUUACUGAACUCUCCGGUGCGAAACUUAGUUUUCGGCCUUUUAAAUUUACCUCACCUUUCGUCCUCCAUCAGAACCCGUGAACCAUGACUGGUCCAGGGUUUUAAAAGACAAACCAGGGAGAUAGACAAAAAUUUGAAGUUACUGUUUUGGCUUUUUCGAUAAAAAUUUGGUGUUCAAAUUUAUCUCCACCGUACACUACUGCCUCUGGUGGGAUGGUAAUCUACUUUUGAAAAUGUGGCAAAAGGAGGUGAGAGAGCAUACAUAGACGGUUAUAAAAACGUUUUUACUCUGCAGUUUUUCACACUCGGGGACUUGAAUCACGCUAUUUGACUCAAAAUAUCUCUCUUUUGUUGACUGCCAGUGGAAAGGGGCCGAAAAUGAGCGAAGCAAAAUGGUGUUUAACAGAAUAGGCAUAUGGGUUUAAAUUUGGAAUACCCGCGGUCCACAUGGUUUUGCAAAGUACACCUGUUCAAGAAAACAAUUGUCAGUUUAACAAUUUUGCAGUCUGACCUUUAGGUUUUUAUUUCUGACUCACAUUCUUACUUUCCUAAAUUUUUUAUCCUUUAUUAAUAUUUUUAUACCAAUAGCUGGCCAGAUUGCUUCCAACGGAUGAGGAGUUUAUUGUGCUGUUUACUCACGAAAAAUUCAUGCAGUCAAGUAUUGAUUUUAUGCGGGUAAGUUCAAGUGCAUACAUGGUAAUUUUAACCGCAAAAUUUAGAUUUAUUUUGUCUCCAGCAUUGACAUUUUUGCUAAAGUUACAUCAUCAAGCCUUGUAAGGGAAACUAAUGAUAAUUAACGACCCUGAGAAUUGAGCUUCCUCUAAAAAAACUCGGGCAUAAAUAAUUAUUGCUGAAGUCGCCUCCAAUUAAUCUGUAUUUUCAAAAUUUAUUUAAUGAUGCAUCGACUGAUAAAAUGGCCUCACGGCAUAUCGGCAGUGCACAUUUUAAGAGACUGUAUGAAACAAAAAAUAAAAAAUGAACAUUUAUCAUAGGCAGCUUGCUGAGAACGCAACGGGCCAGACACAGACGGCUGUUUCACGGUCCUUUCCUAUCAUUGGGACGUCCUAGGUCUCAAUCACCAAAUAUGGGCUAUUUUAUCUAAUGUCACGUCUUACAGCUGGCAGUUUUACUCCCUUGACUCUCUUGCGCAGCCCAAUAAAGUUAAAUGACAAAAACUGAAAAAAUGAGAUCGUUUUUUGGACAUCUAGAUAACAUUAAGGGUUACGUGAACGUUGGAGAGUCUGUUUCAUAAAUUAGAUGCUCAAACCAUUGGAAUCACAACAAUACCAAAUAUGGUUUACGCAAUCAUACCUACACCUCUAAGUUAACGAUUCUGAGGUAAUUACUUCCAUAGUCCUUAUUAAAUAAAAUUGUUAGACCCUUAUAAUGACAAAAACCAAAUCUCGUAGCUGCGAAUAUCAAAAGGAUAACAGAAUGGCAAUAAUGUCUUCUAGGACCUGCAUAACUGCCAUUUCCGACAAAAAUACAUAAAAACUAGACUGCAGAUUAAUCUUGGUCUAUAUUGGAACAUUUUUUCAGUCAUAAUAGUCGUUGCGUUUCGAAUAUAGAAGGCAGCAGGGCACAGCUAUAGGCUUUUACUUUGUUUCUAUAAUUUUGAGAUAUUUCAUCUUAUGUACAGCUAACCUUGAAAAGGCAUGAGGCUUAAACGGGGUCGACUUGACCUCGAAACGUUUGCAUGUGUUGUCUGAUAACACUUAAUAUCACCGAAUUGGAUGACUGCAUGCGGCAGGUAUUCAGUACCGCGAGUGAUAGCCAUUUUACCUCCUAGUUCCACAAACUGCAGUGCUCAGCUCCAGACCUGUAAGAAUCUGCGUUUUUAUUCGCAAUUUUGACGCUCUCACGAGCCAUCUCCAAGGUCAGGCCGAAUAACUGUGUGUUCAACCUCGCCAACAGCACACGAACGGGCCUUCUUUAUGCAUUAGUAAGGAGGACAGAAUUCAUGGUUGCCUUCCAGAAAGACUACACAACUCAGAGUCGUCUACCCGUCGCACGGCACAAGACUUACAUUUGCACAAAAGUCUUGGACUGCCGGAAAUCUGGGGUGUUCGAAGUCUGGUUUGCAGCCCGCGGUCGCACCAAUUCCAGAUAAAUAACGAAGUUUAACCAAAGACCAGUGCGCCUAGAUACUUUACUGAUCGAUUUUAUCUGCAGAUAUACGCUUUUACAGAAAAUGUCAUCAAAGUUUACUGGAAAAUUCGACUAACCCAGGAGUUCUGUUAACGCGCAAAUAUCUUCACUGCAAAACCGCAUUCACCUUGUAUGGGGUAAUGCGCAAGCCCCAGCGGCUGCCUGUACUUCAUUGUGGGAAGCAGACCUCCGAAUUUCCCGUAUAAGUUUUUCAGCAAAAAUAUCACCCGAGUAAUUGAACCCUGCAGUGUAUGCAGUGCUGGUUUAUCUGAACCGACUGAAAAAUUUCUCUCAUUAAAUUCUGAAAAGUGCAGCUGCUUAGGCGGUCUUCGCAUUCACGACAACAAGUGCAAGAUUUCGAUAUAGCCAAUGCCUUAACCACCUGCUUUACUAGGUUCCGGACGGGAGGUGUCAUAAUAUAGAUCAGAUCUGGGUCAAGAUACGCGCUUGCUCAGUCAGUUUGCUAUUUUAUACGUUGCAUAGAUGUGUUACAACUUAAAGCUCCUGCUAAAAGGUCUCAUAGCUCAGGUGGUUAGAGCGUUAGAUGUAUACAAGCCGUGCAUUUGCUGCCGUGGGUCCGACUUUUGCCGGGCAGCUGCGUUAUGUACAGUAGGAUCAGACGUAUUAUACACGUAUGCCAUAGGAAUCUACUUCAAGACCCCCAUUUAUCGCAUGGUUGAUCAGGAAUAAAUAGAGAGUACCGUACUGACUGCUACUGGACAUAAGACAGGACGAGAACUGUUAGAGGCCUGGGUGUCUGACACCAACGCUAUCAACAGGCACGUUGAUAUACCCCCCUGCUAUCACGCGCUCCGUUCCCGCGGCCAAGGGGCGAGGGCCAAUUUCCAUCCAAGGGUGCACGCAGUCACGCCACCGUGAGACGGCGUGGGACGCAACUUAUCGCGAAUACCACCCUCUGCACUUAUAUCUCCCCCCCUUCAUGGCGUGACUACAAAAACCACUCAUUUGAUGUUGCCUUCUCACAGUCUCUGACGAUGGCCUCCUGUACGAGACCGAAAGCUCAGACUAAUAAACCCACUGUCCCAGAGAUCGGGUCUUCAUCUUCUUUACAUUAAUGAAAAUAUUGGCUCCUUUUUAAUGUGGCCUUUAUGGCACUCCCACCACAGUGUGGGAUCCGAGCCAGGCGUUGGCGGCACGCCUGGGUGCGGCUUCGGCCGUGCCAGCCUCCAAAUCUCUGUUGUGUUGGUUGAAAUCCUGGUUAUUUUUGUGUGGACCAGGGGGUGUAGUGGAACGCCAAGGUGAGGAUCCGUCCGAGCCAUCCACCUGCGGCCUCUCUCGUCUCCGGUCUUCUUGACUCUGAUUUGACACCGGGCUCGGGCUCGGGAGGUGGAGAGAGUGUAGGUAGAUGCAGCGCAAGUCCAAUGGCACUAUAAACCCCUGCGUAAGUCACCAUCCCUGCUCGAACCUGCUGUGGGGCACACGGUGGACAUCAUCGAAAUCGAUGGUCGAACUGUCAAUGAAAAUAUCCUUUCUGUCAUUCAGUGGAAACUACGCGAUCAAAUACGGGAAGUCCUGUCUGUGGUGUCAUGGGUAGUAAUUGAUGUUGACAGUGCAAUUUCUGCAACAGCCUGCAAAUGUAUGCCAAGAUAAAACUCCACAUGACAUGAUCCACAGUCUACUGAGAGUUGAGUGAGGUCUUUCCUAUACCGUCGUCUUUAGGCUAACACCCAGACUCCAUGCUGCCGGAAAAAUUAUUUUACGUAAGCAAGUAUAACAACCGAGGAUAAGGAAAACACAUGCGGAAUGAAGGUCCGGGCAUUACACGGAAGAGAGCGCUUUGAAAUGAAAAUGCUUCAUGUGAACACCCCUAGACAAAUGGUUGUUGUGUCUGUCCUCUCUAAAGUCACGAGUUUCAACGCAUCUCAGAAGUAUCCGCAUCAUCUGAGGUUUCCAAGGUACUAAAAGAAUGCCAUUUUAAUGAGACCGAAGCUGAAUUCCGUGUUUCUCUCCUUAGGUGUGGAAACUCUUUGACAAGGAUCACAGUGGAUACAUUGAAGCCGACGAAUUGAAGGUGAGUGUGAGUUCUAGGCAUACGCCUGUUUACAGAUCAUGCCGGUCAACUUUCAUUGAGAUCUCCAGUGCAACUAGAGGAAUGCGCCGCAGACAAAAACUCUCGAGCGUCAUACAAAAUUUGGAAUGCGGAUUUUGAUGCGUUUGUGCGCACUGUGGUAAAGAUAGAAUCGACUUAGUGUAGCUCAUUCAAAUCAUAAAGUAGACGACGUAUCGCUUGAAAAAUUAACUGAAAUUCCAUGGGACAGCUUUGGUCAGAAAUGACCACUUAGGCGGCGCCGCAAACCUGAUGGCCAUACAGCAUUAACCUAGUGAAUUUAAUUCAUUGCCAUUCGCUUUGCUUUGGGCGUCGUUUUGACCGCCUGAAAAAAUCGCGCGCCGAAGAAGAUACAUCUUUUAUGUACGGUUCUGCUUUGCACUUAAAUGCUAAUAGAAAUUCGAACGAACGUUUUACAAAGUAUGCACAAAAUGUUUUUAUGUGUGCCAUUUGUAGAAAAAUAUUUAAUCUUUAGAGUUUCUCUCAGGGAAAAUAAAAAUUUAUUGAUUUAUCAAAAACACAUAACAAUGAGAUUUUUUAAACCUAAAAGCUUCUGUUCAACUAGCACCGUGUCUACCCAUUCAUUAAUGCUACUCAUGCUAUAUGCUUCGUGGUCCAUAAUCAUCGUGGAGUGUUUCGAGCCCCAUUUGGGCCUAUCUAAUGUCACUGAGGUAUAUAUGAGCCUCAUGAAAUACAAAUGUCGAGCUAGGAUUAAAAAUUUGAAUGAAAAUGUAAAGACUGGUCGGGUUCAAACGUAUUAGGGAAUUGAAGACAUAUUUGAAACUGAAACAUAUUGUUUUUUUCAAAAAUGCAGAUAAAAACUUAGGUUGCUAUAAAAUGAGGGCAAAAAUGUGUGUUCGAACUCAUAUUCUGAUGUAAGUAGAGAAAAUUUAUAGAAAACAUUUCUAUUACCAAGGUUAUUUUUUUAAUUUUUGAAAUCGGCCGGAUAGACACACACACACUCAAAAGACGGCAGUAUGCGCCUGUAAUAUAUCGUUAUUUUACUUUAUUAUCAAAAGUAAAUUUAGGAAUCUAAUUAAUGCCUAGUGAGUUAUGCAUCCUGCUGCAUCUUGAAACUGUACUUACCGAAAUUUAUUCACAGCGUACAAUGAACUAGGUAUUUAUAUGUAACGGCAAAUUUCGUCACAUCUGCAAAUAUCGAUCUGCGACGUGAGGUAUAAUUUAGCAACUUAAAGUGUUCCCGCAGCGGACAACGCGAUGCAACGAGUUUUCUUUGGAACCGCUACGGCACUUAUAGUCACAGGAUAUAGUUUUUUCAGUGACGAGCAGAUAUUAUGUUGGACGCAAAGUUAGGAGGCGGCACUGAAGUAAAAAAGCCCUAGUUAGUCAUUUAAGCUACUCUACAGUCUUGGAUUACUGGAGUGCAUAGUUCGGGAUGUGCGGGGCAAAACAAGUGAAUCCUACGGAUUGCAACGUAAUUCUACAUGACAUUCGCCAACACAUCUUCAGCCCAGGACAAAAAAUGCGUCCCGAAUAUUAAAAGCCUGAUGGCAAAAAAGGUCAUAAAUGUCCAUUAUAGCCUCCCACGCCAUUAGUCUGACUUCUGAGUUCUACGCCUGUUUUUUUGUGUGACAUAAUGCAAGAAAAACGGUAGUCGGAGACUUGUAAAUAAAAGGAGACCAGGACACCCCUAGAGGGUCCUUUAAUGUAUUCUGUACAAAUAUCACGAAGCAGAGCGUAAAUGCAGUUUCCAAGGUCAUGGUCUAGAUUGCCGGUGGAUGGGAGAAAGGGGUAAAAACGGCCACGAACGUCGAACGACAGGUGAAAAAAGACUGCCAGAGGGCGUUGCCAACAGACAAGGAAGGUAAAGACAACGAAGACAUUUCUGCGUAAAAAAUAUUUCCAAAAAUGAGCAACCGUUGGGCCAUCCUUUAGUGCCCUUCGAAAGAAGCCAACAAGAGCAUUGGGGUGGAAGUAACAAACGGUGGUCCCCAUUUUAGACCAUCCAGUUUUCUAAUGGCCCGGCUAAGUGUCUAUUUUGCCUUUUAAUUUCGUCUGAAUUUCUAAAAGAAAACGCAGUUGCUUAUCAGGAGACAGUUGUCAGGGUUCUGGUCUGACUGCAUCCUAGCCAAAUUCUGUGAUGGAGAGGGCAACAAAAAACACAAAAAGGCUUUAUUUGAAGACAUGAAAUAACCUUGCAUUAUCAUUGUCUAGGCCGGAAACUGACUUUUGAAGGUUUCAAUUGUGAAAAACCUAGAUACUAACAGCUGUUGUUUUAAUGUCUGUGUGCGACUCCGAAAUGUUAGUUAGGGAGGUCUAUUUGCGCAGUCAGGGCUGAGCGUGUUACACCUUAAUGAUAGCUUGCUGAAACACGCAAAACGCGGUGGAGUUGAAUUGCUUGUAGUUUUUCGCUGUGAAUUCUUAAUUUGGCGCAUACCAUGAAGAAACAGUCAGCAGUGAUGCUUUUGGUUGGCUAGUGAACCUGUUUUGGAUCUCUUCUGUAAAGUGAGCGCAGCAUGAUCCACUAAAAGGAAGAGAAGUACAUUAAUUCAGGAUGCUUUCUUAAAAUCAAGCUUAAUGCAACUUUUUUAAAAAAAUAAUUUUUAUUCGUGCAGGCGACCUGAGUUUUUCGUUGAUGCAAUGAACAUUUUGAGCAGGAAGAAUUUUCCCGAAGUUACGUGCAUUAAUGCUCUGCCUAGCUUGUGUGACGUUAACCUCAUAACCAGCGUUAUUCAUAUGGUGUGCAGUGAUAUGUCUGUAACUCAAGAGAGUAAUUUAUUCUUAAAUGAAUCACUGCAAAUGACCAGAUUGUUUCUGGUUUUUCUCCUGCGACCACCCCGUACCUUGUCGAUCAUCUUUAGAUAAAAUUAUAAAAUGUGUUUUCGGCUCAGAAAGAUAACUUAAGUAGGGUUGUAAUAUAAGUAGCUGUGCAUCAAAAUCCCAUGAUACCUCGGUUCCUUUUGUAUGUCAGCGAUUGAAGGAACUUCUUCUCGGCAGCCUGCAAAGAUUACACUCAGUAAAAGAUUUGUACUUAUGUGGCACGAAAUUUUACCAAUGAUUUUCGAUACCCUUAUGUAUUUAAAUCAAGUUUAUAGGAAGUGUGUGUAAAAUAUUCAUCAAUGUACACAUUUGCUGGAAAAUAAAGUUUCCUCCAAAUUUUAUAUCUGAAGAAAUGGCAUAAUUUGGUUUUCUUAAGUUUCAAAUUAUGGGAUUUUUUAAGACUGUGAAAUACCCGUUAAUAAACGUGUGUCUGCAUCGUGUCUCUGCAUUAAUUAAUGAUGCUUGUAAAGUUCCCAAUAUGCUUAAUUGCGCUAGUGAAUUUUAAAAUCAUCUAUACGUUCUUCUCUUGAUUGCAUUAAUAAAAAAGCAUGUAAUUUACAAACCCUGACUGCAAGUGCAAGGGAAUGUUGGUUUCAAAAUUAUUCGGAAAUUGGAUAAGUCAUUCAAACCAAAUAAUACCCUUCCUACAGGUAUAAAAUUUGAAGAAGACAUACUUUUCUGUCGAAUGAGUAAAAUAAUAGAUAUCUUACACACGUUUUCUAAAAGUUUAUUUGAAUGUAUAAGGGAAUCGAAAAUCAAUUAUACAAAUUCGCACCACAUAAGCAGUUAUUUUUACAGAGUGUAAUCUGUGCAAGCUGCGAAAAAAAGUGCAUUUAAAAUCCAUCAUCCCACAGAAACUGAGGUAUCAUAGGAUUAUACCGCACCGUGAUUAGUAUUACAACCCUACGUAGGUAAUUUUUUCGAGUCAAAAGCACAUUUCAGAAUUUCGCUUAGCAUUUCAUGAGUUAGCAUGCCUAGUGUUUAAUAUUGCAAUAGCCAUUUUGGAUUCACUUAAAACGGAACUCAACUACCUAACGUCCAUUUCCGAAACUCUCUGUGCACCUUCCCCAUUUUCUGCAGGACUUUCUCAAGGAACUCUUUAAAUACACACAGAAGGGCAAUGAAGUUGGUGAGGACAAACUGAUCGAAUAUACUGAUAACUUGGUAAGUGGGCCUUACCUGAGACCAAAACCUAUUUUAUUCAAGAGCGCAGCGGUCACGUUUUAAACUUCCUCUCAGUGACUUUUGUUUUAAUCUCUUGAACACCCCCAUUUCUGUUGCGUCUUGUGAAGGAAAGCGGGAUCCGGAGACAACGACUCUAUCCAGACAGUCUGCGCAACAUAACUGUAAACCCAUAAAAACUCGCCUUUUAAUGUGACUUUUGCGAAUUCUAAAACAUGCCUUUGUCAUUUAAGUGGCAUAUUAUCUGAUAAAGUGAGAGAAUUGAUGACUAGACUCCAAAGCUUUGUCUCAAUAAGAAACAAAGUCAGUAUAUUUACUUCCAACGUGGAAUUACCUCCGAAUGUUUCGCGCACAUCUCGACUGAUUUUAAUUCCACUUGAUAGGGCAAAUAAGAAGGUUGAAACACCUAUCCUACAAAACGGGUGACUACGCAAGCCCCAGUUCACCUUUGUUUACUUUUCUUUAUUAAAACGAAUUCUCCCCCCAUCACGGUUAGUGCAAAAUUGUACAGUAAAAUGCAGAACCUUCUGCCCCAUAUACAUUCCAGCUUUGACAGCGCUUUAUCAUUCGUCAAAUGUUUAACGUUCUGCCUCUUGCAAAAUUUCCCUAAGAUAGUGCUUAAGUAAGGCCUGAAGGUCGUAUUUCUGAAGGCCCUAUCAGCCUGCGAUUUGUAUCUUGCUUCCAGUUGAUUAUUCGCCGUAUGGCUUGCAUGUCGUUUUAGACUUAAUGAAGCAAAUUCACUCGACGCCCUUGAUUAAUGCAUUUUGCAGCUAAACCCCGUGCGUGCACACACACAGACGCAGAAAACUCCCCCGCCCGUUAAUAUAGUUGAACGAAUUGAAAAUCCGCUACUUAUUUUUGAACGCCCUGCGCCCACAAUUUUAACUUUAAAAUCUUUUUCCGCCCGGAAAUGUUAUGUAGGAUUUCUGGCGCAUGAGGCGGAAAAACGGCCUAUUAGUAAAAGAGGCCUUUCAAUAUUGGACAUUUGUACGGGCCGACUAUCGUAACUUCCGGAGGUUUCUGGAGGAAUUCCGCAGUGCCGUUUUUGGAAUUAGUGUAAUGGUCAGACGCAAUUAUCAUCAAAAGGAAAGAGAUGCGAUCAUUGAGACAGGAAUUAUUUUUUGCUUAACGUGUCGGAUUUUUACUAAAGUCCAUCGUCAGAGACAGCAACAGAUGGGGCAGAUGAUGCAUUCGAAUGUGAAUCUGAAACUUCAGGCAAAUAAAUUUCCGGUACCGGCGGUUGCAUCUUUGUCCCAUCGGCUGUUUUCUGGUGCUCGUACCUUAGCGUUCUGAUAACAGGCCAUGUGUAAAGGGUAAUUCAAACAAGCAAUAUGCGCCGCUUGCUAUUAAGGCGGCUGAGAGUCUCUCAGAAAAAGUCAAAAAACCCUUCUGAGUAGAACAGUCAGUCCGGCAGGACAACACUUUUCAUUUUAAGUUUUUCAAAAAAGCCCGAGCACCAACUUCCAGUAAAAGUGUUGGUCACUCGCAGAUGUAUGUUCUACAUAUUCAGGACCACAGUUAAGUCCUUGGAGUGCUGCGUCGUGUGCUCUCAUUUUGUUGUACUUAGGCCAUGCCAAAAUAUGGCCUUUCUAAACUGUUUGCCUUUAAGGUAGCUUUAUCUCUUUGCACUUAUCCUAAAUCUGACGUCAAAUCCCUCAUGUGAAUCCUUCAGCUGUUAACCGAAAUAAAGUAAAUGCGAUGAGUAAGGCAGUUUAACAUUUUCCACUGAGAUGCGACUGAACAGCAUACCGGGGUGGGAAUGAAAACGCCGUAUGAAAUACUGCAUAUACCUCCAUACUAUUUAUCCCCCUAUUUCGUCGGUUCUUUAUAAGCUUCGUGACUCUUGUGCCUCGGGCAACUUUAUUCAUCGGUAGCUCCAUAAGGCACUUCGUCCGGCAUCCCUUCAUAUAAGAGGUGUUUUGAAGAGUUCUGAUGCAACAUUGAGUGGCUGUUCAUCGCUUUUCCGAUGCCAUCAAAGAGGAGCGUCUCCCUACAGUGAGCUAAGCUAGUGGCAAACACAGGCGUUUAAACAAUGUCAGCUAGCUCAUAUUUGCGAGACAAGUUUUGUUCGCCGUUCCGAAGUUACCGAAGCAAAGCUCGUACGUCCUCUGACGGAUGAAAAAUUUCGCAUAAAGCAGGAUUAUGCAAGAGAUUCCGAAAAACUGCCAAUAUGAGAAAACGUCCAGUUCUGCAUUUUCCGCACGCAACAGGGCUUAUGGCUUGUUAAGUUUUUCAGAACAGUGACGAUACAUAAUCUGCUGGUACUUAUUUGAGAAAUUACCAAUAAGCUGGGAAAAAUUGAAACCCCAAUACAAAACAAGCGAAAAUGUGGCGCACAAUCGAUCUUCCAGGUAGGUAACUGAACAAGAACCGAGAGUACUUAGUCGUGAAGCCGACUUUACUACGGCGGUUGCUAAACAAGCCGAAUUCGACGCUGCAUUCGAAGCCAUGCUAGUAUGAACCAACGCAACCGACGAAGCUUAACACGCUGUGCGCCCGAGAAAGUCACUACCCUACUACUGAAGAAUAGGCCCACCAGUAAUAUGUCGCCCGCAGAAAUAGAAGCAGUAAAGAAAUUAAAAAUGGACAAGAAUUUAAUAGUGCUGCCAGCCGACAAAGGAAACGCAACCGUCGUGAUGAACCGCGUUGAUUACAACGACGACCAAAAGUCCUACAAAUCCACGCCUUCCUCGUCAGCUAAAUCGAUGAUUGAUCAACUAACCGGACUGCUCAACCGACUCAAACGCAACAAUGUGAUAUCUCUAGACGAAUGGCGACAGAUGAAAACAACGGAUACAACGUUGGUCCGGUUUUAUGGAUUACCCUAAAUCCAUAAGCCCAAUUUUCCCCUUUUAUCGAUCGUUGCCUUGAAAGGCAGCCCCACUUACAAUCUAGCCAAGUGGAUGGCCCGAAAACUUAGCUUUCUCUGAGAAGGCUCGAGGACUUCCAUCAAUUCGACCUCUCAAUUCCUGGCCGACAUCCGAGGAAAAGUUGUCCAACCUGAUCGGAUUAUGGUGUCCUUUGACGUGGUUUCAUUAUUCACAUCCAUCCCACCAGACCUGGCACGCGACGCUCUACGCAAACGACUCGCAGAAAAGUAAGACGAAACGAGCAGGCCUCUAAAAUUGAUCAUUUACUGCAAAUCUUUGCUUUCUACCAACAAACCUUUUUCACCUUCAAUGGCAGAACAUAUGAGCAGAUUGAAGGAACACCGAUGGGUUCGCCAAUAUCCAGUCUGGUUGCGGAAUUAAUCUAAAAGGAGCCGGAAAAAGUUCCCCUCGACCACUGUACACCUGCGUUUUGGAGCCGUUACGUAGAUGACACGUUCGUAAUAAUUGAAAGUAGCGGACUAGCAGUCUUUCAAGACCUGCUUAACGGCAUCUUCCUGGACAUUCAGAUCACAAGGGAAGAAGAAAAUGCCGAACAGUUGCCUUUCCAUGACGUUCUCGUCACACGCACACCCAACGGCGAACUCGGCACCGCGGUGUAUAGAAGGGAGAUAAACACGACUCAGAUACUCAAUUACCAUAGUAACCACCCAAUGACGCAUAAACGCAGCUGUGUUGAUACACCCACUGCAGUGAACCAGAGGGACGAGUAUGAGAAGUACGUCAUCCUCGAGACCAAUUGGCAAGGGAUGGGUACCCGAACAGCUUCGUCAGCCGCCGCCGCCUUCGCACGCACCCACGGCAAACAAACGGAGGAGAGCCGCCAACACGCCGGUACUCUCUACCAUAUUAUAAAGAAUGCGCCUGAAGCGACGAAACGUAUCGCUGGAGAGCUCAUCGUGGGUAUCGCUCACAGUCUGACAGCGACGACGUGCAACGAAAUCAUGCGAGUGAAGGACCGGCUAGACGUAGGAGAACAAUCGGAUGUCGUUUAUCCGAUCCCAUGUCGGAUCUGCCCUCACCAUUACACAGGACAGACCGGACGACGGCUUAGCUCGGGAAUAAGGAAGCGUAGAAGAGCAGUCCGAAGAGGCAACCCUUUGUCUCAGGUCGCCACUCACACCCUGGAGGACGGCCACGAAUUCAACUGCGCGAGCACGCUGAUGAUGGCACGAGCUAGAAAUAAGACAGGGCGAGAACAGGAGGCCCGGGUGUCUGAAAUAAACUCCAUAACGCGCGCCGUUUCCGCGAACAAGAGGCGAGACCCAAUUCCCAGCCAAGGGUGCACGCAGUCACUCCGCCGUGAGAUGGCGUGAACUCAGCCUCACCGCGCACACCACCCCGUGCACUCCAAUCCCCCCCUUCAUAGCUUGACUAUAUGAACUGCUCAUUUGACGCCGCAUUCUCAUAGUCUCUGACGAUGGCCUCCUACACGAGACCGAAAGCUCAGGCUAAUACAUGUACUGCCCCAGAGGUGGCGUGUUCAUCAUCUUCGUAUUAGAAAUAAUAUAAUAAGCCACAAACGCAGUUGUGUAAGGACGCUCUAUCGGCGUGUCGAAACGCACUGCAGUGAGCCGGAAGACAAAAUUGCCGAACUACAAUACCUCCGACGGGUCUUCAAAGCCAAUGGCUACCCGCGCAACUUCGUCGACCGGUGUAUACGCAAAAGGGACGAAAGGUCUAACCGCACGGACACCAAGUCUUGACGGGCACUUCCGCAUGUCAAGAACGUUUCGGAAGCUGUCGGCCGCCUUCUCGCGCCACUUGGGGUUGGAGUGGCACACAGACCGUAAGGCAACCAUCAGGCGUCUGGUCAUGAAACCGAAAGACCCACUGCCAUGGCUAGAAACGUCUGGAGUCGUUUAUCGGAUCUGGUGCAGUUGCGGACAAAGCAACUACGUGGGAGAAACCAGAAGACAGCUCCGAACGAGAAUAGCCGAACACCCGGCAGCGGUGCGCAGAAAUGACGCCAGCUCUCAAGUUGCGGCUCAUUCGACGAGAUCCGGCCACACAUUCAAAUUCCAUGAAGCCGAAAUUCUCGCAAGAGGUGACAACCGAGUGAGCCGGGAGCUACUGUAAUCAUGGUUUACUGGCCCCCAGUCCAUCAACAAGUGCAACGAGCUUCCCACUUCAUACUGCGUGCUACAAUUUCGCCUAGGCGGAGUAACAAGCCAUGUGGGGAGCGCAGAGGUGAACACUUUUCCCAACGCCGGGGUCGGUGCGUCAGAUGGUCGAGCAAUCAUCACGCCAACAUCCAACGCAUGUGAUGAGAUUGCAGCAAUUAUCGACUCGAAUGUCGGCCAUCAAGCAAUGAUCACACCAAGUGCGACGAUCCCGGAUGAAGGGGGGAGCCGUAAAUUUUCAUAGGUAUGCGGUAGCAUGGCUACUGCAUCCUAUAAAUACCGUAGCCCCCUGUGCAACAACCACCCGUUUCUGCUUUUUUGUCUCUGAUAAUGGAUUCGAGUAGAAAUCCGAAACGUCAGGCUAAUAAAGCUCUUGUCCCUGCGAUCGUGUCUCCUUCUUCAAGACUACUUCCUGGGACUCGUCUCUUCGCUUUUAUUGGCAAUAAUAAGCCAAUUGUCUUUCGUAAAUCUGAUGGUUAAAUCUGUCAAGAAGUUAAAGGCUUGAGCUUGAGAAAAGGCAUGGAAAUUUCCUUCAUCUUAUAAUUACGAAACUUGUACUAGGGUGUCUAUUUAUAUUCGUCUGCAUUUUGACGAACAGAUCGAUGCAAAUCUGCCUCCUUUUGCGAUAUUUUAUGUUGAGUUCAUUAGACACGCUUUUAAACUGCGACGGUACGCUAAAAGCCGAGAAUUGGACGGUUGUCAACCGACGGGAUAAACCAGUCCUCCCAGGAUGAGGGAUCAGGUUUCACUGGUUCCUUUGCAAUUUGGCCUCUAUGGCGCUCCCGCACAGAAGAGACCCAGACCGUCCGUAUCUUAUCUCUGUGAUACCCUGUUUCAUCAUGCACAGACCCGGCUUGCGUGGCGCUUGCAGACAGGCGAAUUGCCUUUAUCAGUCACUGCCUUCUGUUCUUAUGAUGCUAGUAUGAAACCGGGCUCAGCCGGCGGAAGAAGGUGUGAGUGCAGUAGGCACAGUGCAAGUCUGCCAUCACCGGCGCCGUGCUUAUUACACUUUAGAACGCACCAUGGACAUAGUCGUUCACGACGGUCUAUCUGUCGUCAUUUAAAAAGUAACUUAUUCGGUCAAAACUGGCUCGACUCAGCGCAAUUAUCCCAAUAAUUUGAAACAACAGAGAUCACUGACUGUGUACGUCGGCAGGAACACAUAGCCUACAGAACAGGCAAGUGCGUGUGAAUGUAGUCUAUCUACAACACGUUCUCGUGAUAGUUUCGGUGGCUAAGCGUUUAACUUGUCAUUGAUUCAAUUGAACAAGUUUCCUCUCUAAAAUACUUUAUUUCUGGGUUCACCGCAUCGAACUAAAUGUCUAUUUUUUCGCCACCGUUGUCUGACUACAGUCUAACUCAUCGUGUGUAUCUUCCCUUACACUUCACUGUUUAGCCGCAUUUUGAUGUGAUCUUUCAAUGUCCGGUAGACAGCAUCGUCUCCCUUCUUUGAUUUAUCCCCAAAUUAUCUUCCGGAAACACCCGUUAAGAAGACGGAUUUCUUUAGCUAUUCAACCUAUCCCUUAAAACCGGAGUUUUGCCUUCGAGAAGGCCGCUGCCUUCAAAGGAAUUCCCCCGUUCUAAUUGCAGAGUUUAAUCACAGACACUUUAUUUCCGCCCUGCUUUCCUGUCUUCCACUCCCCUCAUUCCAGCUCAGAAUCUUUGACAAGAACAAGGACCGACGGUUACAGCUCAGUGAGAUGGCAAGGUUGGUAAACUUUCAUCUAACGAAAUCGAGCAUCCGGCGUGUCGGUCUCAGAGAGAACUGAACAGUAAAAUUAUCAAAACAUCUCCCUUGUGUGUUUUCCAUCAAAAUAGGGCUCGGAGUUUUUUGCCGUAUUACCUGUUGAUGCUUUUUGACUGGAAGAGGACAUUGACGUAGAGUUGGGAAACAUCUAAGAUAAAAGUCUUACGACUAUUCGUCAUGCGUGGCGCAUGGAACUACGUGUAGGAAAUCGCGCUCGCACGACUAACUGUAGAAAAUGCAAUAAAAUCAUUGCCUCAGGUUCAACUUUUGUCUUAAAUAACACUAAUGGACGUUUGAAUUUCUUGAAUGGACAUUUUCUACUGUAGAUGUGGUAGUUGAUGCAUGUUAGCUGAAAUUCCGAAAUGCGUUUUCUACUCAAAUGGUUAUCUAGGCGGGUUGGAAUAUUAAUCACUGUGGGCCACAGCCUCACAAUACUUCACUUACUUCAGAAGAUCGGCCUUUGAAUGAACGUUUUACGGCCGUCUGCAAUAUCUACGUUCUGUGAAAAAUGAUUUCUAAGUUAGCACGUUUUCUUUUCAUUUAUUCUCGAUGCCCUUUUGAAUUCGAAUAUUCCGUAUGAAAAACAUGAACUAAAAAUAUUCUUUCUUUUACGCCGUUGAUAGACUAUAACGUCUUGGAGGAAGAGCAUAAUUCGAAAUUAAUAAGCGUUUACACUUUCCCAGUAAUUUUGAACUCUUCCGGUCGUUUUACUUGCAUUCAGGAUUUUCGAGCUACAAGCUGCAUUUUUUAUGUGUACGGAAAGUCAAAAAUUUCUAUACAUUAUUAAGAAGAGACAAAUUGGGGUUCAUGAAACUUAGCAGUUAAUUUAAGCUAAAAUUAAACCUUAUCAUCAACGUCAGUAAAUGCAGAAACGCGAUGUCUUAUGAAUGGCCAUUUCAUGGCCUUAAAAAGUCUCAUAAUUUGAAACUUCAAAAAUUGAACUAUAACCUUCAUUCAAAUAUGAAAUUUAAAGAUGAUUCAGUCUCCAAAUAAGUAAAAGAAUGAGUAUUUUUAUCGCAUUUUUUUCUAUUAAAAAUAGUCGAAUUUAUAAGGGCAUUGUAAAUCGGAAAUCAGUGAGAAACAUUCAUGCUAACUAAGUAGUCACUUUCACAGAACGCAGAUUUUGUAGACGGCCGUAAAACGUUUGUUCAAUAGCCGACAUCCUAAAGUAAUUGAAUUAUUUUGGGGCCAUGGCGCACAGUGAUAAAUAUUGCAACCCUACUUAGGUAAUCCAUUUAAGUUGGAAGCGCAUUUCAUAAUUUUGGACAAAUUCUGCUGUAGAAGGGUAAAAAUACUUAUUUGGAUUUCAGGAUAUUUUUGAAGGAAAUUACACAGUGCUACUCUUUUCAGUGCUUUGGCUGUCUACAAGAGCUUCGCAAAAUCCCCUUAUUGUUUAGUUGUUUAGAGCUAUCUCAAAUAGUUAUUUUAUAUGAAGUUCGAUACUUGGUAGGAGAGGGUAUUAUAUUCCACCCUAGCAGAUUUGGUCUCGUGCUCAAUUCCAAGGGACCGGAGUUAGGGUUUGGGUUACAUUUAUGGUACGGAAAUGUAUACCCUCUUAAAUUCGGCACAAGACCUCCUGUUGUUCCGGGAGGAUGCCUAUUCCCGCUUCCAACCUAACAUUUGCUUUGCUACUCAUAAUCCUACCAAGUCUUGGACCGUUACAACGAUCCCAUUUUUAUGCCACGUAGCGUCCAGACCAAAAAAACUUCUUUAAAACACAAGUCGCACAGAUUUAAAAACCAUCAAGUAGAAAACGAACUUUAUGUGACCUAAGUGGUUUUAGUGAUUCUAUUUCCGGAUCAUUGGACAGAGUGAAAGAGAUUGCCUGAAUCUGGUGGGGAGUUGUGACGUCCGCCAACUGGAAUCAUGCGACCUUUGAAGAACGUGAAAAAUAGGAGUCAAUUGAUUGUCCUAGACAUAUAAAAAGUGGAAGACGACUGCACCACCUGACUACAAUUCAACGAUGUAUUACAUACAGCUGUUAAUUUUGUCUUCUGUUACUUAAUAUCGAUUGCUUUAUACAUUUCAGACUGCUUCCCGUCGAAGAGAACUUCUUGAAGAAGCCAUUUUUUAAGAAUAUGGAGAACAUUACCAUAGCGGACAUCAAUAAAGUUUUCUCGUAUUACGAUGAGGUAAGCCACUAUUUGAUUAAAUCCCCAUAAUUUGAGUCACAUUGGCAAUUUUUACAUUCCUGCCUGUUUCAACGUAUUAAAAUACAAAAGUUGCACGGAAUGCAUGUCCAGACAAUGAAAUCUACAAUCAUUGGCAAAUAUAAUGAACUAUCAACCGCAUUUAGAAAUGUCAGCUUUUUAAGGAAUUUUUUUGUGGCUCUCUGUAAAAACCGCAUUUGUCAAAAAUGACUACUGCCAAAGCAUUAUUUUUUCCAUGCGUUUUCGAUGAUCAUAUAGAUUUGGCUAUAUUCUGUUGAAAACAUUUUCAAAAAUUUCAUUUAUUGUGCUCAUUUAAUAGUACCUCAGGACCUUUUUUAUCUUUAUACACGACGAAAAGGCAUCCCUAGAAUUUAAAUAAAUCAACAUUUCAGUAAAUUUUUAAGACCAGAAAAUGUCUAUUUAAACAGCGUGGUAUUUGCGCCCUUUUUUAUGCUUCUUAUGAAGCUAGCAGCAAAAGCUGCAUCUAUGGCAAAAGCUUAUGAGUCUCAUAUAGUAUCUGUUUAACAGCCCAGGGGAACGUGUGAUUUUUCAUGUAUGUAAAUUAUGCGGUCUGCAGAAUGUGAAAUAAACGUUAAUGCAACGGUAGAUCUGGUUCAAAAUUUUUAGAAGAUUGAAUGAAUUUUUAAAAUCGAAAGAUACCUCAUCCUCGAGCAUGGAGUUUAAGGGCAACUUGAGUUACUGUCGAGUGGGUAUAAUGAGAGAGAACCCGUUAGGCACAAUGGAACUGUCGAGUUCUGUAAGAACGAUUGGUGAUCGCCCCUCCGAUAUUACAUAUAUACUUCCGACGAGCCCUCUAUCUUCAUAUAUAUAAAUGAUUUGAAAUAACAUGCACUUCGGAAAGUAAUGUGUAAGUGCAUACGUACCCCUUUUUACCGACGGCGAUUUCUGCAGGCAACCGAGAAGAAAUGCCUUAAAAACGUGACCAUUGCGUGACCGAAGUAUUCUGAGAUAAAGCUGCACGAUACUCUGUAUCGCAACACCACUGACAUAGUCCUUCUAAAUCUAAAACGCAUUUCACAAUUUUGUCAAACGUUUUCUGAGAUCGGUCACCGACUGUACUCGUGAUGCGAGAGUUUUAGUAAGCUCUAAAGACGCUAUAGGUAGGAGAUGAAAAAUUUUUUGGGCAAAGUUGGAAACUGUUUUGCUAUUGACUUUUACCCUGACUAUACGGAAAUAAGCAACGUAAAUAAUUAAUCCGUUCUGACUUGCAACCAAUCAGGCUUCGCAGACGUUGCCAAACGUAAUUUAUACGACGCAGCUGAUCGUUUAAAAUCCGUUUUCGAAGGCCCGUCAACUGGCGGAUUAUCUCGGUCAACCACUGCAUUUGCUGGGUCCUUCUCGUCAUGGUGAACUCAAAAAUUGAAUCGGUCAGGUAGUGUCUGUCACGCACAGAGUAAGGAAACGUUACCAGCUGGGCAGUCGUAGGGAGCAAAUUGCUGCUAGCUCAACCACGGAUACCGUCAGCGCCCAUCUGCUCCUAAAACACGACUGGUCUCUGUACAGACAGCUGGGCAGCUGGUGUCAAGAUAACUCAGACCUCGCGUCGGUCCAGUGUGUGUGUGUUUGUUUGGAAUGGCAGACUGAGAGACUGAGAUUCAGGCUGCAAUGACUCUUAAUGUGGCCUCUAUAGCACCCUUCCCCCCCACCCAGUGGGUUCUGAACCGUCCCCUCUUCCCCUCCUGCUUGUAAAAUCCCGGUCAGUUUUCGUUGUGGAUCAAGGAAUUUGGUGGUAGGUCUGGGUGCCGGUUUGCGUCGUGCCAGCCAACUACGCCCUCUUUUGCCUCUGGUAUUCUUGUCUCUGUCUAGACAGCUGGCUAGGCUGGGGGAGGAGGGAGUGCGGUAGAUGCAGUGCAAGUCAACCAGCACUCACUCUGAUUUGGCCGAGAGGAUUUUAGAUUAAAACAGGUGUAUGUCAUUAAACACACUGCUAUGCCAUUAAAAAAUAACCAUUCAGUAGUCUUUAUACUCGUUUUGCUCUGGUCAUACUAGGUAUUGCUGAAGACAUAUAACGCUAUAGAAACGGAAAUUAAAAUUUCACUGAAUAUCCAGACGUUUCCAACUCGACGAUUUGUUUGAACAUUGCAGUUGUCUAGGAGUGCCUAGGCGAUCUUCCACGCAGAUGUCAGCGAUGGACUGAAAUAUCUUGAUGCAAUUUAAAUUCCAAAAAGACGGUAGCUCACAAAUUCCCCUUUUUCAGAAAUGGUUUGCGUCUGAGCCAAAAAUAUUUGUAUACUGCGUAUACGGCUCAUUUUUUCUUGCUAAGUGCAUAAACAGAAUCUUUAUUUAACACUCGAAAAUCAACUCGCCUAUUUCUAGCAGGACUGGUAAGACGCGAGGGUAACAAAAUUGCGACUUUUAAGGCUUAAACGGAGUAUUCUUUGACCAGUUGAUUGAAACGAAACUGAGACGCGGAGAUUAAUUUAAUGUCUUCCUCUUCUCUUAACAGGACAAAAACGGUUACAUGGAGGGCGAGGAGCUGGAGGCAUUUUUCAAGGACCUGCUGGAACUGGCCCAAGAGGUAAGGCUUAAGCUCAGUCUAGUGCAACUUUCGUUGUCUUUGAUCGACAGUUUCAUUCCCAUGCAACGAAAUCGAUUUGGAUGACGUUGUCGGCAGUCCGUGUAUUGAUUAUAGACUUUGUAGUUCUUUUCACGAGGCAGGAAUUCCGUAAUACAAAUACGUUUUUCCAGCUUUUGUAUUUUGAAUAGCCUUGGCUGACUUUAGCCACAGAUAAUCAGUGCGCUAUGCUAGAAGCGCAAGCCAAAUAUUCGAACUGAAUUGCAUGUUACAACACCUAUGCAGAUUAAUGACAUCUAAAAAGAGACGACUCCAUUUGCUGACACAGAAUAUCCAAUCAGGGUAAAUCACAUCGCCAGUAGGCAUUAACUGCUAGACAAACUUCUACGCCUCCUUUGGAUGUUGCACCGUUAACGUGAAACAGCUGUGUUCCCCUUGGGACCAAUUCAUCGAUAUUCCCACUUUUUUGCGCUACAUUUCUCUCUGAACAAUUGAAGGACUGGCCAUAUGACAGUUCGACCGUCGUUUCCGACAAUGUCUACCGUGUGCUUCACAGCAGGGUGAAAGCAAGGAUGCUGACUGGCGCGCGAUUUAGUUUACAGUGAAUGUGGACUUGCAAUGCAUCCACUGCACCCUCCCCCCUCCUCCCCCGCCUGGACCUGGUGUCAGGUCAGAGUCAGGAAGACCGGAGGCGGGGGUGGGAGCAGGUGGAUGACGCGGUCGAGCUCGCACCUUGACGCUCUAAUUCACACACCCUGGUCCACACAACAAAUGACCAGGUUUUUGACCAGCAACAGCAAUGAAGGGGGACGGCAGGGGUCUAAGUGUGCUCGACGUCUGCCGACAACAGGGUCCGUCACCGCAUCCCAAAAUGUUAGCAUUUGUUGUGGGAUGCAAAUCCGAUAACUCCUGUCAUAAUUCGAUAUGACCCUCCUGUUGAUCCUGCGCAUCUACUACGUGUCCCGUUUUAGGCGAUUAUACACCCGCACGAAAAAGGCGGUACUGACUAAAAAUUUUUCAAACAGCCAAAACGAUUGCUGAUUUGGUAGACCCUUGAAAUUUGCGCAGCGAAAAAUCACCCGCUGAACACCAAUGCAGCCAGUGGGAGGUCAGCAGACGUUUUUGUCACAAAUUAUGGCCAGUUCGACUGGCUUUUCGGUUGUUUUGUAAGUGGGAGGUGAAGCAUUCUCAAACAAUUGUUUGAAACGCCGAAUUGGUCUUGGACAACAAAUGCAAGACAGUCGAUUUACUGGGCGCGAUCGCGUGCCUGAGUGCUCCAACAGACGUGUGGGUGUUGUGGUUGAGAGGAAAGUUUAAAAAACCCGGCUUUUAUUGUGAAGUUACGGUAAUUUGUUGGAAAUUAAGCAUAAGAGAGGCGAAUAUGGGCGAGCGAUUACAUGACCGCGUUGAGAACUGGAGAACACUUUUCCCUAAAAUAUUCGUCAGAUUAAAGACGAAAACUUACUUUCUAUGAAUUACUGCUAAAACCAAAAGAGAAACGAAACAACAUUCAGAAAUCACAGAAAAACGAAGACGUCCAGAGUGACUUUCAGUGCGAGACUUGACAAAUGCGAAUGAAGACGAGGGACGGUCUUUGCGAUUUAACGAAAGCAUUUUCAGCAUUUAUUCAGUCAGAAUUGCAAGCAAAAAGAGAUGUCCAUAAAGGCCCGGAAGACCAUUAAAAUAUUAUUAUUACAAAUGGGUUAAAUACUGAUUAUUGUUUUCUAAACCCCAAAUAUUCCAAGUAAUCUGCUUUAAAAUGUUUCCUCGCCGUAGCUGAAUUUUGACAUGUUAUAAUUAACUUUGGACGAUGGUGGUUCCCUGCGUGACACUGUAAGCGUCGUUUGUGUACCUCGAUCUUGGGAACUCUUUUUAGGACACCCGUUAUGGACAACCUAUUUUGAAGGUGUUAAACUUUAAUUCGUUUGUUGCGAGUGGUACCAGCAUAACCAAACGGCAAGCAUUUGGUUAAAAGACGGAGCUUUGUGUAGGCCGUCCAACCACUAGAAUUCCCGCAAACCUACCGUAGGAAAUACAGCCGAAAUUUCGAAAUGCGUCGUCUUUUCGAAAAGAUUCAUUAAGUAGGGUUGUAAAACUUGUCGGCAUGCCACAUAAGUUUAUAAUGAUCCAGGUAUCGCGAGGUGUUUUCUUUCAAACAAAUGUAUUUCCGACUGCAUGCAAUAAUUAUACUCAGCAAAAAAAUAACUUCUUAUUUAGCAUGCACUAUUCUUAUUGAUUUUCGAUACCCUUGAAUAUUCAAUUAUAUUUCAUGGAAAACAUGCGCAAAAUAUUCACUCUUUUACCUAUUUGGUAGAACAUUUGGUCUUCUUCCAAGUUUAUACUCAAAAAUAGUAUAAUUUUGUUUUUAAAAACGCUGCUAAUUCCCGAUUAAUUUUGAACCCGACCUGCUGUUGUACUUGCUUUCAGGGCUUCCACACUACAAGCCGUAUAUUUUCUGUGUACGGAAAAUCAUAUAUUUCUCUACGGUAUUAAGAGGGGACCAUAUGAAUUUCAUAAAAUUAAGCAGUAGACUUGGCCACAUUGUUAACUUUACAAGCCACAUUGGUAAAUAAAGAUACGUGACGUUUUAUGAAAGACCAUUUCACGCUAGUAAAAUACCUCACUUUUGGAAACUUUUUGAAACCGAAUUGUACUUUCCCUUUGAGUUUAAAAAUUAAAAAAAACGUGAUUUUCUAACGAAUAAAUAAGGAAUGACUAUUUUUGUGCAUUCUUUUCAUGAAAUAUAAUAGAACUUUUAAGGGCUUCGAAAAUCAACGAGAAAAUUGCAUUCUACCUAGGUAGUUAUUUGUUUGCAGAGUAUAGUUCUUGCAUGCAGUCGAAAAUACGUUCAUUCGAAAAAAGACACCCUGGGGUAACUGGAUCAUUAUAAAAUUAUGGAGAAUGGUGAUAAACUUUACAACCAUGCUUAAUUACUUUUUUCGAAAUGAGAAUUCAUUCCGAAAUUUCGGCCGACCUUUCAUGAGUUAGCCCACUUACUGUAAUUAUUCAGAGCAAUUAUGUUUUACUUACCGAAUCAUUUGUAAAGUGGAGACUUGCAAAUUUCUGUAAUUCCACUUAUCUUUCCUUUAAAAUGUAAGACGCUGACCGAUAUAAUAGGUGAACGGCGAACAUGUCCGCUAUCCGGGUCUGCCCAGGCACAAGAUGACUGAUUUUUGGCAAAUAAAAUGCUUUGAAUGCUCUACAAAGGCAUUACAAUUGUGUCUGCAAUGGCAACUAGCCAAGUGGUUUGUGACAGGAUUUCCCCAAAUGUUUUCUGUCAACUGUAAUAUUGAGUUUUUAAUAAUAAGGGGCGGUUUACUCUGAACAAAAGCAUGCAACAGUGCAGUAAACAGCCCGCCCAAGGAUGGAGGUAACGCCGUAAUCAAAGCGAGUAAAGAAAUUUGGUUACAAUAACCCCAAGGCUUAAGCCUGAGGCCUGGAUGAUUGUUGGCUCAUUCGCCUUCCUAUGACCGUCCCUCUAAAUUCUGGGAAACACUUUGGCUGACAAAACAUCCUAGUUGUUAUUCCACCUUUCAGCCGCUUUCCUAAUGUUUUUUUGGUGACUGCGGUUGGACAGCUGAAUGGAACAGGUGGUAACAUAGAGGGUUUGAGAUGGAGUUGUUUUUGAAUGCAUUCCCCAAGUAUAAGAGAGGUUAAAUUCGACAUUCGUUUUGGCCGAAAGGGUGGUUGAGGGGUUCCAAUCGAUGGUCCUCGAGGCGUUUAGCGUUCAAGAAGCCCUUUGAUUCCCUGCUGAAUGGUUACACAGCGUAGGCUUAAACAGAAUUAGAAGACCGGAUUGCCGUUUCUCUGUCAGAUUCUGCUCUUCUAUCAAAACUGAAGGACAAUAUUGUUUCACGAGGUUUGGAAAUGAAGCAAAGUGAUUAUAUGAGAUUAAAUGUUAACCAAAAAUAAUCUGCUCUUCUCCUUGCCUGUCAAGAUGUCUAACUACCACAUACGCCCCAUACGUUCUGCUGGCGUUCGUGCCUGUUCAAAAAGUCCAUGUUCCACGUCCAGAUUCCCGUUAUCAUGGCAUGCCAUCGGAGUCCUUUUCUGUCGUGUCGCAGGUAAAUCAGGCGGGGAAUGCACAGAUUCCAGUAGACUGAAUACUUACAUGGGGAUUUUCGCAAGUCUAAAGCCAGGAAAUGUUGCAUUUGGCAUAAUUUUCAACGGACGGAUUAAUAGAAAUUUUUCAAUAAAGCUGCUUGAAACCUGUGCGGUUUCAUCAGCGUACAUCUGCACGUUCGAAAAAAAAUCAUUUACACGAGCGGAGGAGAAUAUACCAAAAGAAGUGCUUCGUCUCGGAUGCUUGUCUCACUUACAGACAGAUCUCAGAUGAAAGGGGUGAGACAGCUCUAUGCAGCUCAAUUUAAGCGGUUUUCGCUGCCUUCUUGGUGAGGUCAGGCAUCUCGAGGUUAGUGCAACAGAGUUAAUCCCUGUAAAUUUGGGAAUUUUCAAUUUGCAGCAUCAAGGAAAGCACGCACCUCAACGUUCGCCUAAAAAUAUCUCUUCGAUUUCAAGGGAAUUACGUGGCAAUAGCACAGGUAAUCAGGCAGAGCGGUCUUAUAUGACAUUGUGGAAGUAAUUUUAAUAAGACGUGUCCGGGUUCGCUUACCGCCAAAUUAUUAAAAACGGUUUCAUCAGUGGAAUGUCAAAUUCCGCGUUUCGGUUAACGGGUUGUCUUGAAAUCUUAUUUAAUAGUGGUAAAUUAAAUGUCUAUUUAUUACGCAUAAUUUACGCCCAACCCCUUAUUUUCUUUCGGGAAAAAAGGACUACGAUGACGAGGACUUGGCCUACAUGAAACGCGAGUUCCUCAGGAAUUGGGAUGUCAACAACGACGGCAAAAUUUGCAUGGACGAGCUGAAGAUGGUUAUCCUGGCAAAGACGCAUCUUCCACAAACAGAAUAA